CCCUCAAGAUCCUCGAAAAAAAUUCACAACUUUGGGAAGAGAUCUAACUCGAUAAGAAGGAACCCCAAUGCAGCGGUCAUCAAGAGUAACUGGCUUUACAAACAGGUGAGUGUGUGUGUGUAUGGCUUUAAAUAGCAGUAUACAGUAGUCACUACAGUGAAUCAGUCUAUGAGUCAGGGAGACAGAGGGUUUUUCUGAAAAUUCAUACUACCAUGCUCCGAGCACGCAAAUUGGAGUUCGGGAGGGUCGGAGUAUGAGUCCAAAUCAAAGUAUGCGGAACGAAGCACAGAGGGCACUUCUCGAAUGCGUACUCCGUCUGUACAUAUUUUGAAGCAUGCAUCGAUGCAAGCUUCAACGGAAAGUAUGCAAAUAAAUAUGACGCAACCACAUAAUAAAAAUGGUGCAACAUUUCCUGAAAUCAAUGGUGGCCAUUAUUUGAGCUGAAGCGAGAGAAAAUACAUUCCGACUUCGGAAUGAAAUGUUGCCUAUUCACAUCUCAUAUGUUGCCUGACUACAAUAUUUUAGCUUGAUACUUUAAUAAAUAGAUGCUGUGUUAAUUUUAUCAUGUUUACUUGCCUAUGUACCGUAGAUCACAAGCCCAUAAUAAGUCAAUAGGGCUAACUGGCUAGCUACUGCGGUUAGCUAGCCAGAUAGCCACGAAGAAUUGACAACUAUCUUGCAUAAUAUUAGUUUUAGGUCAUUUUUGCCUGUUAAACUAUCUGGUUAGCUACAUUAUUAUGAUUCACAUAUCUAGCUGAUAAUUAUGAAGUAAAACAUUUGCUUUGUGUAUAUUUUGUGUCGUCUAUUGCUGCCAUUGUCCUGGCUGGAAGAAGGUUCAGUGAAUGGGGUGAAGCGUGAGGUAAUACAGUAGGGAGAGUGCGAGUGCUUCUCAAAUGUAAUGUUUUAUGUGUUCUCCACACUCUCGUCCUCACAAGAACGUACUUAAGAGAAUGUGCACUCGGAGCAUGAGAGUGUGGAGCACGGUAGUAUGCAUAUUGAGAAACACCCAGAGUCUUGACAUGUCAUUUUGUUUUUGAUUAUUGGGAAAGUUGGUACAACUUGUUUGCUCCAUUUGCAGAUAUGGACAAUUGACCUCAACCUACACUAUAUAUACAAAAGUGUGUGGACAACCCUUCAAAUUUGUGGAUUUGGCUAUUUCAGCCACACCUGUUCCAGACAGGUGUAUAACUUCGAGCACACAGCCAUGCAAUCUCCAUAGACAAACAUUGGCAGUAGAAUGGCCUUACUGAAGAGCUCAAUGACUUUCAACGUGGCAUGGUCAUAGGAUGCCACAUUUCCAACAAGUCUGUUCGUCAAAUGUAUGCCCUGCUAGAGCUGCCCUGUUAUUGUGAAGUGGAAAGGUCUAGGAGCAACAACAGCUCAGCUGUGAAGUGGUAGGCAACACAAGCUCACAGAACGGGACCGGCGAGUGCUGAAGCGCGUAGUACAUAAAACACUCACUACCGAGUUCCAAACUGCCUUUGGAAGCGACGUCAGUGGUGUAAAGCUCGCUACCAUUGGACUCUGGAGCAGUGGAAACGCGUUCUCUGGAGUGAUGAAUCAUGCUUCACCAUCCUUCAGUCCGACGGACGAAUCUGGGUUUGGUGGAUGCCAGGAGAACACUACCUGCCCCAAUGCAUAGUGCCAACUGUAAAGUUUGGUAGAGGAGGAAUAAUGGUCUGGGGCCGUUUUUCAUGGUUCGGGCUAUGCCCCUUAGUUCCAGUGCCAACUUUGUGGCAACAGUUUGGGGAAGGCCCUUUACUGUUUCAGCUUGACAAUGCCCCCGUGCACAAAGCGAGAUACAUACAGAAAUGGUUUGUCGAGAUCGGUGUGGAAGAACUUGACUGGCCUGCACAGAACCCUGACCUCAACCCCAUCGAACACCUUUGGGAUGAAUUGGAACGCCAACUACGAGCCAGGCCUAAUCGCCCAACAUCAUUGCCCGACCUCACUAAUGCUCAUGUGGCUGAAUGGAAGCAAGCCGGAGCAAUGUUCCAACAUCAAGUGGAAAGCCUUUCCAGAAGAGUGGAGGCUGUUAUAGCAGCAAAGGGGGGACCAACUCCAUAUUAAUGGCCAUGAUUUUAGAAUAAGAUGUUCGACAAGCAGGUGUCCACAUACCUUUGGUCAUGUAGUGUACCUCAAAUCUUCACUCUACAGCACAACAGAUACACGUUUUCAAAUUCUCUCAUUUUGUGCCAUUCCCUUCUCUUCUAUGAAUAAUGUAGAGGGGCUUACGUUCCCUCCCUGUGCUGUCAGAGUUUGAUCAACAGUCUUAAGACGGGCAGCACAAUGGAACCUUUCCAAUGUCUUACAGGAUCUGAUGAUUGCUUUUGUCCAGCCUCUAGCCUUUCUGUUCUGCUCUGCCAGUCAAACAGACUGUGUGUGUGUGUGUGUGUGUGUGUGUGUGUGUGUGUGUGUGUGUGUAUGCCAGUCAAACAAGCAAUAUAAAGCAGUAUUUAAAUAGCCAUUUCCUUAAUCACAGUGCCAUGGUUACAUACACCAAGGCCUGUACUCAUAAAAGUGUCUCAGAGUAGGAGUGCUGAUCUAGAAUGAGGUCCACCCUGCCAAUUUCAUCAUAUUCAUUAUUAUUCAAAAAGCAUAACUGAUCCUAGAUUAGCACUCCUCUGAGAUGAGACUAUAUGUGAAUACGGGCCCCAGGUUGAAGAGGGGUGAGCCAGAGGGGUCCUUCUUAUUCUUUUACACUCAGGCACAAAGUAGGACCUCCUCAUUUAGUUGUGAUUACGACCAUGCACAGUUGUGUGAACACAAGACCCAGGGCUUUCACUCCAUACAGCUGGCAGCUGGUGUAUUGAAGGGGACCCCGUUGAGCUGGUGGUGUGUGGGCAUGCACUUGCAAGCGUGUGUGUGUGCAAGUGUGUUAAUGUUUUUUUUUUUUUUCUUUGAGGGGACUUCAUUCAGGGUGAUCGUAGUAGUUGAAGUUCAGAGGGAGAGAGCUGGAUUGACACUUCUCUUCUGUUUCUCUUCACUCAGACCUGCAAUCUGUUGAAGUUCUGUUCUCUGCUGAAACGGGCUGCAGCACUACUUCAAUGGAUCCAGGCUGGGCACCACAUAUUGUCACACUGAUUAAUUGUGAAGGCCUAACAUGCACCCCAAAUGGCACCCUAUUGCCUAGUGUACUACUUUUGACCAGAGCCCGUGCACAUAUGUCACUGGUCAAAAGUAGGGCACUUUGUAGGGAAUAGGGUGCCAUUUGGGACGCGACCCACCUUUUUUCUCUUCCCGCUCAGCCCAAGCUGUAUUAAUAGUCGUGUGUGUGAUCUAUCUGACAAACAUAAUGGUUUGAGAAUGGAAUGGUACCUCAUCCAUGAACAGAUCAAAGCACAGGCAAGACACUCAGGAAUAUAAUCAUAAGGGAGCCGGCAUGGUGGUGGAUUCUAUUAUUAGAACAAAGACAUUUCAAUACAUCUCAAUAUUGUCAUUGAAAGAAAAUGCACAUACCACCUGGGAAUGUUUGUAUAUGUCUGAUCUUCAAAUGUACUGGGAUCAUAUGUCUGAUAUGUAAUGUAGUGUAAUGCCACCAGAACCAACCAAUCACACGCCAAGCAAGUUUAGAGAUGGAUAAACAUUGGUGGCCUGAGGAUUUUCCACUAAAUGGUAAUGAGAGCGAAUUAAAAUCACUCUGGGUCCGUGCUGGUUACAUAAUUGAGUCCUAGAUUGUAGUUCUGGAAUCCUAGAUUAAUUUAAGGAGUUUAGAGUUUUUAAAAGAAGGAGAACGUUUUCCAGUAAAGAGAAGCGAACCAAGGCAGUUGUUACCCUCUCCUUCAACCCCCUACCUCACCAUCUCCUGUUACAAACAGCAGCCUGAAAAGCCCUUUAAACACAGCAUCCACUGAUACCGGAGAAGGACUGCAGUGGAGAGGCUUUAUUAUUCAAACCCAACACAGCACUCAGAACUAUGUGUUUGUGUGCGUGCCUUUAUUUUAAUACAUAACAAUGACCCCUGUCUUAGGGGAAGGUUGUUUUCAUUUUUAGCACAUCUGGAGUGUACAACUCACUUUAUUUAUCUUCUUUAUCUAGUACCAGUAACCACAUUCUACGUCUGAACAGAACACCAGAUGACUGUCAGAUGAGCCUUGUUUCUAGCUCUUAGAAUGAGUGACUCAGCAGAAAUACAUUGUAACAAUGAAGUUAUUCUCUUUUUGUACUCGUUGGGUAAAAUAACCAUUAUCAAUACAUUUAUUGUGUACAGAAGGUGGGCUAGUUUCUCAAACCUCUCCUUGGGGAUCCAAAGCCAUUCCAUGUAUUCAACUGCUACAUUAUCAAGCUUUUGACUAGUUGUAAGGUGAGCUAGUUCGGGCAACAAUAAAAUUGCGAAAUAUCUGGGGGUCUCUGAGGAGAGGUUAAUGUCCUCACAAUGACAUAAUUUGGUCUGACUGUUUCUGUGUUCCUCUUUUGUGUUUCAGGACAGCACGGGGAUGAAGCUUUGGAAGAAGAGGUGGUUCGUGCUUUCAGAUAUGUGCCUGUAUUACUACAGAGGUUAGUCCACUAUGAAGAACACCUGUAUUUUUUCUAAACAGUAAGCAUAAAUGUAUCACAACAGAUACUAGUCUCAUCCUUGAUUCUAGUGCCUAUAUCUGCAAAUGUGUGGUACAGAAAUGCCAUUUUGACGUUCAUGGUGUCUUGAAUCUCUUGCUGUAACUGGUCAGAAGUAAACAUGGUAGACAACAAGGCCUAUGGCCACCUGGGGUGUGACCAUCUCUGCUGAGCGGCUUCACUGGCGUGCGGUUCUGUGGUUGUGUCCCUGUGCUUAUACCAGAUCUAUAUAACGCACACAUACACUCACGCAAUGGGUUGGGUAGGUUACUUUCUAAAUGUAAUCCGUUAUGGUUACUAGUUACCUGUCCAAAAUUGUAAUCAGUAACGUAACUUUUGGAUGACCCAAACUCAGUAAUGUAAUCUGAUUAUAUUCCCUUUAAGAGGCUGUAGAAGAAGACAACAAGGAUCCAUCAAAUGCAUGUGUUGUGUCAUCAUAGUGGCUCUGACUUGUGGUCAGACUCGCUCAGGUGGAACAAACUUAAACUUAAAAAAAAAAAAAAUAAUUUGCAAACAUCCUUUCGGAAUUUAAAAGUAAUCCAAGAAGUAAUCAUCUAGUUUUCCAAAAGUAUCUAGAAUCUGAUUACAAUAAUUUGGCUGGUAAUGUAAAUGAUUACAGUUAGUUUUUUUUUUUUGUAAUCAGAUUACAUGUAACUGGUCAGAAGUAAACGUGUUAGACCUUCUCUGCUGAGUGGCUUCACCGGUGUGCGGUUCUGUGUUUGGGAUUCUGUUACUCCCCAACCCUGCACACACACACUGAACUCAAUGCAGACUGGCACUCAGGGAAACCAAUGGCUUGAAAAUGGCAGAAAUAAGUCAAGUGCUUAGAUGGAGGGCAUAGAUUUCAUGACUGCCAAACCUCCACUCUGCCAACGGGUAAACCCCUCACCCCUUCACCCCCCCAUCCUCCCCAUGCCCCCAUGUCUGUCUGACCACAGCAGUGUGUGUGUGUGUGUGUGUGUGUGUGUGUGUUUGUUUGUGUGCGUGCAUACAUGUCUGGCCACAGCAGUUUGCACUGACUCCCAGGGUUUUGUCUGUCUGUCAGGGACAGAAAGAGAAAGCGGAGGGAGGGCGACAGGAGAAGCAGACAGGCAUCAGAAACAACAGACCUGUCGUCAUCGUGGUCAGCAGAAAUGAUGUCUGUCCACACAAAGAGAGCAGCUAUCUGUCUGGACAGGAGCCAAGGCAAACGACAGUUACAGCUCGGCUCGGUAGCAGAGCAGGGCCUGUAUUUUGCCUUGUACAGGGAAGACCAGAUCCUAAAUCAGCACUUCGACUUUAAGCACUACUCCUACUCAGUACUCCUACUCUUUAUGAAAAUGGGCCAGAGCGGUACUGUAGCUACCUAACCUGGAUCAUUGAUUCACAACCAAUUUGGAUUCUUUUUUAAGGGUGGAGAGGCUCUCAAACUCUCUGAACAGCUGUGUCAAUAUUUCAUGAAUCUGAACAUUUGCAGAGAGAGAGAGAGAUAUUUAGUUAAUAGCAGCCCAAGUCUUAGCUUUCCAGCAGCACACUGCAUGUUUAUGUUCCCUAUUGGGCAAUCCCUAUGGAAGAGAGGAAGGAGGAAUCCCCAACAGUAGAGUUGGCUGGUAUACCAUAUAUAGGGUCCUGGUAUACCAUAUACAGUGAGGGAAAAAAGUAUUUGAUCCCCUGCUGAUUUUGUACGUUUGCCCAAUGACAAAGACAAGAUCAGUCUAUAAUUUUAAUGGUAGGUUUAUUUGAACAGUGAGAGACAGAAUAACAACAAAAAAAUCCAGAAAAUUGCAUGUCAAAAAUGUUAUAAAUUGAUUUGCAUUUGAAUGAGGGAAAUAAGUAUUUAACCCUCUGCAAAACAUGACUUAGUACUUGGUGGCAAAACCCUUGUUGGCAAUCACAGAGGUCAGACGUUUCUUGUAGUUGGCCACCAGGUUUGCACACAUCUCAGGAGGGAUUUUGUCCCACUCCUCUUUGCAGAUUUUCUCCAAGUCAUUAAGGAUUUGAGGCUGACGUUUGGCAACUCGAACCUUUAGCUCCCUCCACAGAUUGUCUAUGUGAUUAAGGUCUGGAGACUGGCUAAGCCACUCCAGGACCUUAAUGUGCUUCUUCUUGAGCCACUACUUUGUUGCCUUGGCCGUGUGUUUUGGGUCAUUGUCAUGCUGGAAUACCCAUCCACAACCCAUUUUCAAUGCCCUGGCUGAGGAAAAGAGGUUCUCACCCAAGAUUUGACGGUACAUGGCCCCGUCCAUCAUCCCUUUGAUGCGGUGAAGUUGUCCUGUCCCCAUAGCAGAAAAACACCCCCAAAGCAUAAUGUUUCCACCUCCAUGUUUGACGGUGGGGAUGGUGUUCUUGGGGUCAUAGGCAGCAUUCCUCCUCCUCCAAACACGGCGAGUUGAGUUGAUGCCAAAGAGCUCCAUUUUGGUCUCAUCUGACCACAACACUUUCACCCAGUUCUCCUCUGAAUCAUUCAGAUGUUCAUUGGCAAACUUCAGAUGGGCCUGUAUAUGUGCUUACUUGAGCAGGGGGACCUUGCGCUGCAGGAUUUCAGUCCUUCACGGCGUAGUGUGUUACCAAUUGUUUUCUUGGUGACUAUGGUCCCAGCUGCCUUGAGAUCAUUGACAAGAUCCUCCCGUGUAGUUCUGGGCUGAUUCCUCACCGUUCUCAUGAUCAUUGCAACUCCACGAGGUGAGAUCUUGCAUGGAGCCCCAGGCUGAGGGAGAUUGACAGUUAAUUUGUGUUUCUUCCAUUUGCGAAUAAUCGCACCAACUGUUGUCACCUUCUCACCAAUCCAGGCUCUGUCGUAGCCGGCCAUGACCGGGAGACCCAUGGGGCGGCGCACAAUUGGCCCAGCGUCGUCCAGGGUAGGGGAGGGAAUGGCCGGCAGGCAUGUAGCUCAGUUGGUAGAGCAUGGCGUUUGCAACGCCAGGGUUGUGGGUUCGAUUCCCACGGGGGGCCAGUAUGAAAAAUAUAAUGUAUGCACUCACAAACUGUAAGUCGCUCUGGAUAAGAGCGUCUGCUAAAUAACUAAUAAAAAAUAAAAUAAAAAUAAAAAAAAUAAAAAGCUGCUUGGCGAUGGUCUUGUAGCCCAUUCCAGCCAUGUGUAGGUCUACAAUCUUGUCCCUGACAUCCUUGGAGAGCUCUUUGGUCUUGGCCAUGGUGGAGAGUUUGGAAUCUGAUUGGUUGAUUGCUUCUGUGGACAGGUGUCUUUUAUUCAGGUAACAAGCUGAGAUUAGGAGCACUCCCUUUAAGAGUGUGAUCCUAAUCUCAGCUCGUUACUCGACACCUGGGAGCCAGAAAUCUUUCUGAUUGAGACGGGGUCAAAUACUUAUUUCCCUCAUUAAAAUGCAAAUCAAUUUAUAACAUUUUUGACAUGUGUUUUUCUGGAUUUGUUGUUGUUAUUAUGUCUCUCACUGUUCAAAUAAACCUACCAUUACAAUUAUAGACUGAUCAAUUCUUUGUCAGUGGGCAAACGUACAAAAUCAUCAGGGGAUCAAAUAUUUUUUUCCCCUCACUGUAUAGGGCCCUGGUAUAUCAUAUAUAGGGCCCUGGUAAACCAUAUAUAGGGUCCUGGUAUACCAUAUAUCGGGUACUGGUAUACCAUAGGGUCCUGGUAUGCCAAUGGGGCUGGGGAUCAGAAAUGUCUGGUGCGAGAGAGGCAGGUUGAGGUUUCCAAGGUUGGAGUAGUGCAGAAGUUGUCGUAUACUGAGGCAGUGAAGAAAGUAGAGGAAGAUGGGUCAAGGGGGAGGGAUCCUGAGAAGAGUGAUGUGAGUAGUAGAGCUGUACAGGGGGAUAGGCCAACAAGUGAUAUAUGUGUCAGUAAGAUUGGAUUUGUAGCAUUUAAAGCAAUGGUUAUCAACUGUACUACAGGGAUGAAACAUACACUACCAGUCAAACAUUUGGACACAUACUUAUUCAAGGGUUUUUCUAUAUUUUUACUAUUUUUUACAUUGUAGAAUAAUAGUUAAGACAUCAAAACUAUGAAAUAACACAUAUGGAAUCAUAUAGUAACCAAAAAAAUGUUAAACAAAUCAAAAUAUAUUUUAUAUUUGAGAUUAUUCAAAUAGCCACCCUUUGCCUUGAUGACAGCUUUGCACACUCUUGGCAUUCUCUCAACCAGAUUCACCUGGAAUGAUUUUCCAACAGUCUUGAAGGAGUUCCCACAUAUGCUGAACACUUGUUGGCUGCUUUUCCUUCACUCUGCCGUCCGACUCAUCCCAAACCAUCUAAAUUGGGUUGAGGUCGGGGGAUUGUGGAGGCCAGGUCAUCUGAUGCAGCACUCCAUCACUCUCCUUCUUGGAAAAAUAGCCCUUACACAGUAGAUGCGCUUGUUUUGAGAUCAAAGCGAAAGCUGCAUGUAGCCACGUGUGCACAUUUUGUUAACAUUACAUUUACAUUUUAGUCAUUUAGCAGAUGAUCUUAUCCAGAGCGACUUACAGUUAGUGAGUGCAUACAUUUUUCAUACUGGCCCCCCGUGGGAAACGAACCCACAACCCUGGCGUUGCAAGCGCCAUGCUCUACCAAAGUCCCACAGGGGACUCCUUUGCUAGUUAGUGAGUUAUUAGCCCAGUUAUAGAUAAUUUGUAGUCAGCAAUAGGGGAGUGAUUGCUUCCUACAAGACCACAAAAUGUGUACAUCUUUGAAAAGUAAGUCAGGUAAAGAGUUUUAUUUUUUUGUCUUAAAGGAGCAGUGUUGUAUUUUGAGACAGACUUGAAUAAGCUAAGUAGCCAAUAUGCAGAGGGUAGAAUCAUUUGUCUGGUUCUCUGUAAUAAUGGAAUGGGAAUAAUAAAGUAAAGUGUUUUAUUGCGUCAAAAAACACAACAACAUUUUCUGUCACCUACUUGUCUGAAGGACAAGUGGAUCAACAGGUUAAUGGCAAGCCCUGCAUGUGUUUUUCAAAAGUCUCAUGGAAUUUAGGCCUACAUUGAACACCACACAUUGGCUGCUACUGUAGGCUGAAUGAUAGAACAGCUAUUUCCAUGUUAUGGGAUGCAUUUUUCCCAUUCUUUUUUAUAGUAGGCCACUCUGGUAGGCCUACAUUAUGAUCAAAUAGCCACAGUAGCCUGCUUGGCUACUUAAAGCGGGUACAGCAUCAGUGUUCAUAUUAAAUGCGCACUGGAAGUUGCACAGAAUUUUCACAGCGUAAGUUUGUGCGAUCAGCAGACCUGACAUUUGCUCAGUGCUGACAUUUUUUUGAGGGAACAUUGGUUUCAAGUCUGGAGAUUGCGAUGGCUAUUGCAAAAUGUAGAUUUUUGUGGCCAAUUAACCAUUUCUUUGUGGAUUCCGAUGUGUGCUAGGGAUUAUUGUCUUGCUGGUAGAUCCACUUGUGGCCAAGUUUCAGCCUCCUGGCAGAGGCAACCAGGUUUUUGGCUAAAAUGUCAUGGUACUGGGUAAUAUUCAUGAUGCCAUUGACCUUAACAAGGGUCCAAGGACCAGUGGAAGCAAAAUAGCCCCUUAACAUCAAAGAUCCACCACCAUAUUUUACAGUAGGUGUGGGUAUAUUUUCUAGCCUAACGACUCACACUAAAUGUUUCCGCUGCCAUGUUAUUCGCUACAUACAUUAGUCUGAGACUGCCAUCAUUGAAGUCGUUUGUGGUGGAUCGUCUCUAACCAAUCAGUAUCAAUGCCAAUGACACAUUUUCAAACCACCACUUUACACAUGUGUGUUCUGGCUCUGGCCCAACACAUCGGUUUCUGGACCAAUCAAUCAGCCCUGAAUGCAUUCGCAUCCGGUGAAGGGUCGGGGAUGUACUCAGAUCCAGACUCAUUGCGCAGAAGAAACUAACGUCCGUGGGCGUGGCAUGGCGUUUGGCCGGAGCAAGGCGUCUGGGUAACCAGGCAAGUUAUUUUCUGCUCAUGCAUUCUAAUUUUUACGCCAAACCCACCACUGUUGUGCGUGACCAAAGAGCUGUAUUUUCAUUUCAUCCAACAAAUGUAAACUCCUGGAGUUCGCUAAACGGCAUUGGCACUUGGAUUGAAACCGGUGCUUUGGUCUGACGACAUGAAAAUAGAGCUGUUUCAUUGCUAGCGUGGGGGCAGCAGUGAGUGUUAGAGUAGAGAGAGACGGAAACGGUUUUAUUACAAACCAGUGAUUCCACAGGAAAAUGUUAAGUGAUGAUUCAAACACACAGAGCCCUUUGAACAGCAGGUAACAGUAUAGCUGACAUAUAGCAUAGCUGCGUCUGAAAUGGCACCCUAUAGGGUUAAAUCUGGGAUGCAACCAUAGUCUAGGUCAGGGAUGGGCAUCUCCAGUCCUCCGGUGCCUGAUUGGUGUCACACUUUUCCCCAGUUAGUGUGAAAUCUCAUUUACUGCACUUUACUGCCUUAUGAAGAGGAGGAGGGAGGGAGGGAGGGAGGGAGGGAGGGAGGGAGAGAGGGAGGGAGGGAGGGAGAGAGGGAGGGAGGGAGGGAGAGUGAGAGAGAGGAGGAUGAAGAGCAAAACAGGCUGGAGGACACUGAUCGAUCCUGGAGCCAGGCCUCCCAGUCAGAGUCCCAGGACAAACGGUUUCCUUCCACUUCCUACAACAGAGAGCACACACACACGCUUCGCAGUACACACUCACACACGCGCACACACACACAGGAACACGCACUCGAUUACGCACACACAUGCAUGCGAGCACAAACACACACACGUCCACCCAGUAUGGUCUCUCAGUUGGACAUAAUGCGGCUUAGAGAGGGGUUAUCUCUAUGCUGGAGUUUAAUCAAUGGAUAGAUGCUCAUUUCUUUCCCUGCCUGUCAUUUAAAUCACUGGGUAACCUCCUUAAUAUGAUUAUAUAUAAUCUUCCUGGUGAGGAAGAGGGAUUUGUUUCACAGCAGCAAUAACUGCAUAGACAAACUUCUGAAGAAGGUUAAAUAAGGAUCUGCUCUACAGAGGAAAUACAACUCAUCUUUGUUUCCUGUUUUUGUUGUUGUUGUUUCCUUCAGAUGAGAAAGAGGAGGGUAUCCUCGGCAGCAUCCUCCUGCCUAGCUUUCAUAUAUCUAUGCUGUCUGUCGACGACCACAUCAACAGGAAAUAUGCCUUCAAGGUCAGUACUCAGUACUUGUUUUCAUUAUUUUGUCCAACUGUCGUUUGGCUUCCACAGUGGUUGAUUCUAAGGGGAAAUGAGUGAGAGAUUCAUUAGGAGACUAAAUAUUCCAGUUUGUUCGAUUUAUUUUAAAACAAAAAUGUGAGAACAACAAGAAAGAGUGAGAGGGAGAAGGAGUUUAGUCAAGGAUUAAGAGGGAAGAGAAAAUUCUUUUCUUUUUUUUCUGGCGUGUGCUGCCACUACUUUAAGCAUUGUUAGUAAGCUAAGAGUUUAGUCUUGGUCAAAGAGAGGAAAAAUAAGGCUGUUUUAUCUGGCAUGUGCUGUUACUGCUAUAGAGCAUUGUUAGUAAGCAGCAGGAGCAGCCUUCAGCUCUAGAGCCUAAGAGUCCAGUGGCAGCCAGUCCUAUUUCAUUUUAUGGCAUCUCUCUCAGUGCUGUGGCUUUCUCUCUGGUCUGGUUCCUUUACAAAGCCACAGAGAGACGAGGGGUUCGGCUCAGCCCUGCCAAGCAGCACAGCCACACAGACGCCCAGGAGUCUUCCCAAGGUCUCUCUAACCAACCACACAUUCUCAGUUUCCAUCUCCUCAGAGAGAGAAGGAGGGAGGGAGAGAGAUCAUGGAGCGAGGGAGGGAGAUGAAGGGAGAGGAGGAAGAAAACAGAGCUGUGCAUGACCCCUGUAGUUCUAAAGAAUAAUAAUAAUAAUAAUAGUAAUAAUAAUAAUAAUAAUAAUAAUAAUAAUAAUAAUAAUAAUAAUAGCAAUAUUUCACAUAACUCAAAAGGCAAUGGAAUGAACUCUCCAUAUUCCUGUCUCUUAUGUCGAACAUGGCAGUUUCAUAAGCCCCUUAUUCCUCACUGAGUGUUGUUACAAAUACAUUUUGGGAUGAUACAGGAAUGGCUGCCUUUAGUCUUCAGUCCCUGGUUAACAGGAUAUUGGGAUUACUCGAUGUGUUCUUGUCUUGUCUGUCUUUCUCUCUCUGCUGUCUCCUUCUUCCAUGCACACACUAACAAUGCCUGUGUUUGUCUACUGCGAGCGGAUCUUGAGUGAGGAGAAUCAGCAGCCUGUUUACCAGUCCAAGUGCUUCAUGGUAAGUCCUGAGUCCUGAUUCCAUAAUGUAGUGGUAUACAAAUCUGAUGAGUCAUGGGUUUAAAUUAGUUUAGCCUACAUGGUGGUGUGGAUUUUAUUAUGUCAGGAUAUAAUUAUGUCAGGAUGAUAUUAUGUCCUAAAAUAUAUGUUCUAUGUGUCCUAAAAUACCCAUUCACACCAGCAGGAAGAAUAUAAACUAGUAAUUGAUGCUGUCAGAAAAAAUUAACUGAGAUUGGUAACGUCCAUCAUUGAUAAGAGAAGAUGCUGCUGUAAACAAACUAUUCUGACUGACUGUUCACAUAUACAGUGUUGGCUUUAGAACUCAAUUAAAGCCAGAGUAAAAGAGACCAGUUGACUCAACUAACCUGCUUCUUGCCCUCUCUCUCUUCUUCUCCAGGUAACCCUCUCUUCUCUUCGACUCUGAUCCGGCAGGCAACACAUCCCAACAUGCGGACGUACUACUUUUGCACAGACGCAGCCAAAGACAUGGAGUCAUGGAUGAAGGUGAUGACAGACGCUGCCCUGGUGCACUCCGAGCCUGUCAAGAGGUUUGUACUCCAUCAAUCAAUAAGUGACACUUUGUUUCCUAUUCAGUUGAGAUGUCUGUACUGAGCAGUAACAAAACAGAGACACUAUUUCCCAUUCGGUCGAGCUGUGAUCCUCAGUCUAUACUGGACGAUUGCCUUAGUCAAUUUAGCUACUGAAGUGGGAGGAAUAGUUUGAUUGGAUCUCAAACAGUGUUUGAAUAGUGGUAACCUCCUAGAUAGAGAUAUUAAGGAGCUGUUCUGUUUUACUUGUCGUUUGUUGUUAGAUGAGCUCUCUGAAUUGCUUUCCUCAGACUGUAGUUGUUUAGGGAAGAGUCUCAUCCACCUCAGCAUAUUCCACUCCUCGAGAAUGAGACUUAGUGAUACAGGAAACGCUGGCUCUUCACUGUUGCAUAACCUGGCUAUUGUCAGAGGAUAGCGGUGUGUGUGUGUCAUGGAUGCACAAUGCAGGUGUAGCGUGAAGGAUGCAUUAGCUACAGUACAAGCUGUACUGACUGUGUGUGUGUGUGUGUGUGUGUGUGUGUGUGUGUGGUUGUGUGAUAGAGGUGUCAUGUGUAGGGAUUAUGGGGAUUUAGAAGGAAAUAACAGUCACCUGGCAACCUUCCUCGACAACGCUUCCUCCUCUCUACAAGGCAGAACAGUGUGCGUGUGUGUCAUUUACCUGGCAGAGUGGAGAGGAGGCCUAAACGGUGAAGUGUUUUUUAAUUAAAUGAAGUGAUGUGAUGGUGUCUCUGGCUGCAAUCCACAGGGAGACACGUUAGCUAAUUGAGCAGGUGACACUGGAACAACUCUGCUGCCAAAUAAAAAUAAAAAUAAAUUGCAUUGGUUGUGGACACAUAUUUUGCAGAUGUUAUCGCGGGUGUAGCGAAAUGCUUAUGUUCCUAGCUCCAGCAGUGCAGUAAUACCUAACAAUCAAAAAACAAUAAACACAAAUCCCAAAGACAAAAAGAAAGGAAUUAAGAAAUAUAGAAAUAUUAGAACGAGCAAUAUCAGAGUCCGGAAUAUACAGUGCAUUCGGAAAGUAUUCAGACCCCUUGACUUUUUCCACAUUUUGUUACGUUACAGCCUUAUUCUACAAUUGAUAAAAUCGUUUUUUUCCUCAUCAAUCUACACACAAUGUAAUCCAUUUUAGAAUAAGGCUGUAAUGUAACAAAAUGUGGAAAAAGUCAAGGGGUCUGAAUGCACUGUAAAUAUGUAUUCUGUAUGAUGGUGUGUAUAGAUAUUAAGGACAGUACAUUAAUAGAAAAGGUGUGUACAGCAGUAGUUAUACUGAACAAAAAUGUAAACGCAACAUGUAAAGUAUUGGUCCCAUGUUUCAUGAGCUGAAAUAAAAGAUCCCAGAAAUGUUCCAUACCCACAAAAAGCUUAUUUCUCUCAAAUGUAGUGCAGAAAUGUAUUUACAUCCCUGUUAGUGAGCAUUUGUUAUUUGCCAAGGAAAUCCAUCCACCUGACAGGUGUGGCAUAUCAAGAAGCUGAUCAAACAGCAUGAUCUUUACACAGGUGCACCUUGUGCUGGGGACAAUAAAAGGCCACUCUAAAAUGUGGAGUUUUGCCACACAACACAAUGCCACAGAUGUCUCAAGUUUUGAGGGAGCGUGCAAUUGGCAUGAUGACUGCAGGAAUGUCUAUCAGAGCUGUUGCCAGAUAAUUGAAUGUUCAUUUCUCUACCAUAAGCCACCUCCAAUGUCAUUUUAGAGAAUUUGGCAGCACGUCCAACCGGCAUCACAACCGCAGACCACGUUUAACCACGUAAGCCCAGGACCACCACAUCCAGCUUCUUCACCUAUGGCAUCGUCUGAGACCAGCCACCCGGACAGCUGAUGAAACUGUGGGUUUGCACAACCGAAUAAUUUCUACACAAACUGUCAGAAACCGUCUCAGGGAAGCUCAUCUGCGUGCUCGUCAUCCUCACCAGUGUCUUGACCUGACUGCAGUUCGGCGUCGUAACCGUCUUCAGUGGGCAAAUGCUCACCUUCGAUGGCCACUGGCACGCUGGAGAAGUGUGCUCUUCACGGAUGAAUCCCGGUUUCAACUGUACCGGGCAGAUGGCGAGGGGUUUGCUGAUGUCAACGUUGUGAACAGAGUGCCCCAUGGUGGCAGUGGGGUUAUGGUAUGGGCAGGCAUAAGCUACGGACAACAAACACAAUUGCAUUUUACCGAUGUCAAUUUCAAUGCACAGAGAUACCGUGAUGAGAUCCUGAGGCCCAUUGUAGUGCCAUUCAUCCGCCACCAUCACCUCAUGUUUCAGCAUGAUAAUGCACGGCCGUCGCAAGGAUCUUUACACGAUUCCUGGAAGCUGAAAAUGUCCCAGUUCUUCCAUGGCCUGCAUACUAACCAGACAUGUCACCCAUUGAGCAUGUUUGGGAUGCUCUGGAUAGACGUGUACGACAGCGUGUUCCAGUGCCCGCCAAUAUCCAACAACUUCGCACAGCCAUUGAAGAGAGACAACAUUCCACAGGUGACAAUUAACAUCCUGAUGAAGUCUAUGCAAAGGAGAUGUGUCGAGCUGAAUGAGGCAAAUGGUGUUCACACCAGAUACUAACUGGUUUUCUGAUCCACAGAUGCGAAUCUGUAUUCCCAGUCAUGUGAAAUCCAUAGAUUAGAGCCUAGUGAAUUUAUUUAAAUUGUCUGAUUUCCUUAUAUGAACUGUAACUCAACAUUGUUGCAUGUUGCGUUUAUAUUUUUGUUCAGUGUACACAGGGCAGCAGUCUCUAAAGUGCAGGGUUGAGUACCAUGUGGAAGCCGGCUAGUAACAGUGACUAAAGUUCAGGGCAGGAUACUGGGCGGAGGCCGGCUAGUGGUGACUAUUUUACAGUCUGAUGGCCUGGAGAUAGAAGCUGUUUCUCAGUCUCUCGGUCCCAGCUUUGAUGCAGCUGUACUGUCUCUGCCUUCUAGAUGGUAGCGGGGUGAACAGGCCGUGGCUCGGGUGGCUGAGGUCCUUCCUGUGACACCAGGUGCUGUAGAUGUCCUGGAGGGCAGGCAGUGUGCCCCUGGUGAUGUGUUAGGCUCUGGAGAGCCCUGCGAUUGCGGACGGUGCAGUUGCCGUACUAGGCGGUGAUACAGCCCGAAAGGAUGCUCUCAAUGGUGCAUGUGUAGAAGUUUAUGAGGGUCUUAGGGGCCAAGACAAAUUUCUUCAGCCUCUCUAUGUGGAUGGACUAUUUCAGGUUGUCAGUGAUGUGCACUCCGAGGAAGUUGAAGCUUUUCACCCUCUCCACUGCGGCCCCGUCGAUGUGGAUGGGGGCAUGUUUCCUCUGCUGUCACCUGAAGUCCACGAUCAGCUCCUUCGUUUUGUUGACGUUGAGGGAGAGGUUAUUUUCCGGGCACCACUCCGUCAGGGCCCUAACCUCCUCCCUGUAGGUGCUGGUGCAAAUGGCACUUUAGUCUAUUUAUUUGUCUCAUCCCAUCUCCUCUAGUGCUUUUGACCUUUUCUUUCUCUUAAAACCCAGUGGUACAUUCUUAAAAUCUGACUCUGGUAAUUCGACCAAAACAUCCCACUAUUUUGCUUUAUCUUGGAAUGCAUACUUUCACCUUUACUGUAUCUGCACACAUUGUAGCUCUACUCUAGUUGUUUGAGCAUAAAACCUUUCAUACUCAUAAAUGCAUGCUCUUCAACCGAACGCUGCUUGCACCCGACCACCCGACUAGAAUCACUACUCUCGGCGGGUCUGACCUAGAGUAUGUGGACAACUACAAAUACCUAGGUGUCUGGUUAGACUGUAAACUCUCCUUCCAGACUCACAUUAAGAAUCUCCAAUCCAAAGUUAAAUCUAGAAUCGGUUUCCUAUUUCGCAACAAAGCCUCCUUCACUCAUGCUGCCAAACAUGCCCUCGUAAAACUGACUAUCCUACCGAUCCUUGACUUCGGCGAUGUCAUUUACAAAAUAGCCUCCAACACUCUACUCAGCAAAUUGGAUGUAGUCUAUCACAGUGCCAUCUGUUUUGUCACCAAAGCCCUAUAUACUACCCACCAUUGUGACCUGUACGCUCUUGUUGGCUGGCCCUCACUACAUAUUCGUCGCCAAACCCACUGGCUCCAGGUCAUCUACACUGCUCAAAAAAAUAAAGGGAACACUGAAAUAACACAUCCUAGAUCUGAAUGAAUGAAAUAAUCUUACGAAAUACUUUUUUCUUUACAUAGUUGAAUGUGCUGACAACAAAAUCACACACAAAUUAUCAAUGGAAAUCAAAUGUAUCAACCCAUGGAGGUCUGGAUUUGGAGUCACCCUCAAAAUUAAAGUGGAAAACCACACUACAGGCUGAUCCAACUUUGAUGUAAUGUCCUUAAAACAAGUCAAAAUCAGGCUCAGUAGUGUGUGUGGCCUCCAUGUGCCUGUAUGACCUCCCUACAACGCCUGGGCAUGCUCCUGAUGAGGUGGCGGAUGGUCUCCUGAGGGAUCUGCUCCCAGACCUGGACUAAAGCAUCCACCAACUCCUGGACAGUCUGUGGUGCAACGUGGCGUUGGUGGAGGGAGCGAGACAUGAUGUCCCGGAUGUGCUCAAUUGGAUUCAGGUCUGGGGAACGGGCGGGCCAGUCCAUAGCAUCAAUGCCUUCCUCUUGCAGGAACUGCUGACACACUCCAGUCACAUGAGGUCUAGCAUUGUCUUGCAUUAGGAGGAACCCAGGGCCAACCGCACCAGCAUAUGGUCUCACAAGGGGUCUGAGGAUCUCAUCUCGGUACCUAAUGGCAGUCAGGCUACCUCUGGCGAGCACAUGGAGGGCUGUGCGGCCCCCCAAAUAAAUGCCACCCCACACCAUGAAUGACCCACCGCCAAACCGGUCAUGCUGGAGGAUGUUGCAGGCAGCAGAACAUUCUCCACGGCAUCUCCAGACUCUGUCACGUCUGUCACGUGUUCAGUGUGAACCUGCUUUCAUCUGUGAAGAGCACAGGGCGCCAGUGGCGAAUUUGCCAAUCUUGGUGUUCUCUGGCAAAUGCCAAACGUCCUGCACGGUGUUGGGCUGUAAGCACAACCCCCACCUGUGGACGUCGAGCCCUCAUACCACCCUCAUGGAGUUUGUUUCUGACCGUUUGAGCAGACACAUGAACAUUUGUGGCCUGCUGGAGGUCAUUUUGCAGGGCUCUGACAGUGCUCCUCCUGCUCCUCCUUGCACAAAGGCGGAGGUAGCAGUCCUGCUGCUGGGUUGUUGCCCUCCUACGGCCUCCUCCACGUCUCCUGAUGUACUGGCCUGUCUCCUGGUAGCGCCUCCAUGCUCUGGACACUACGCUGACAGACACAGCAAACCUUCUUGCCACAGCUCACAUUGAUGUGCCAUCCUGGAUGAGCUGCACUACCUGAGCCACUUGUGUGGGUUGUAGACUCCGUCUCAUGCUACCACUAGAGUGAAAGCACCGCCAGCAUUCAAAAGUGACCAAAACAUCAGCCAGGAAGCAUAGGAACUGAGAAGUGGUCUGUGGUCACCACCUGCAAAACCAGUCCUUUAUUGGGGGUGUCUUGCUAAUUGCCUAUAAUUUCCACCUGUUGUCUAUUCCAUUUGCACAACAGCAUGUGAAAUGUAUUGUCAAUCAGUGUUGCUUCCUAAGUGGACAGUUUGAUUUCACAGAAGUGUGAUUGACUUGGAGUUACAUUGUGUUGUUUAAGUGUUCCCUUUAUUUUUUUGAGCAGUGUAUAAAUCACUGCUAGGCAAAUCCCUGUCUUACCUUAUGUCACGGAUUCAGCCAAGGCUGCCCCUCCUCCUUCUUGCUCGGGCAGGCUUCGGCGUUCGUCGUCCCCGAGUACUAGCUGCUACCGAUCUAUGUUUCUGUGUUUGACUUGUUUGGUCUUUAUUGUGUACACCUGUUUCCCAUUAUGUUGUAUUGUCUUCCCUAUAUAACCCUCUGUCUUUCAUUGUGUGUUGUGUGUGAUUGUAUUCGUCAUCGGCAGUAGUUCGUGUGCGGGUUGUUUUCCUCCCUGUGUGGAGGUUGUUUAUACUCUGGUUACUUUCGAGUAAAGUACGUUUCCAGUAAGCUCUGUGUCCUGCGUUUGACUUCGCCUACCGCAUUCACUGAUGCUCUGACACCUUAGCUCACUGGUCACCAUAGCAACACCCACCCGUAGUCUGCCAUUCCUUCCAGUUCUCUGCUGCCAAUGACUGGAACGAACUGCAAAAAUCUCUGAAGUUGGAGACUCUUAUCUCCCUCACUAACAUUAAGCGUCAGUUGUCAGACCAGCUUACGAUCACUGCACCUGUACACAGCCAUUCUGAAAUUAGCCCACCCAACUACCUCAUCCCCAUAUUGUUAUUUAUUUUGCUAAUUUGCACCCCAUUAUCUCUAUUUGUACAUCAUCUUUUGCACAUCUAUCAUUCCAGUGUUAAUACGAAAUUGUAACUAUUUUGCACUAUGGCCUAUUUAUUGCCUUACCUCCAUAACUUACUACAUUUGCACACACUGUAUAUAUAUUUUCUGUUUGUAUUUUUGACUUUAUGUUUUGUUUACCCCAUAUGUAACUCUGUGUUGUUGUUUUUAUUGCACUGCUUUGCUUUAUCUUGGCCAGGUCGCAGUUGUAAAUGAGAACUUGUUCUCAACUGGCUUACCUGGUUAAAUAAAGGUGAAAUAAAUAAAUAAAUAAAUAAAUAAAAAUAAAUCCUCCCAGAAGUAAACAACCUUAAAUACUGAUGGAGCCUCGCAGCCUUUCUUCCAGCUAAAUAUGCUCCUGAUCAGCCAGUCAGUGGUGUGUAAUGUAGCAGAAACAUGCCUGAUGAGGUCAUGCAGACAGGGUUUUCAUAGGGCCCUGUAUGACUUUCAUAGUCCUGAAAGAGAGACAGACAGAGGGCUGGGAAACACAUUAUUUUGCUGGCUACUGCCAUUAAACGCCAACGGCAUGAGAGUGGAAACUGGAACGGCUGUCAAACAGUGUCAGAUUGGUCUCUCUUUCUUUCUCGGUGUCUCUAUCUCUCACUCUCUUCAUCAUUUCUCUCUCUCUCUCUCUUUCUUUCUUAACACUGAGAUUCCCACACUGUGUCUUCCGGUGGAUUGUCUUUGUUGAUGUGACCUUGAGCUCAUCCAAGGCAAAGGACCAAUGGUAUCCAUUACCUUGAGAGAGCCACGGUACCAACCUGUUUAACAUGAUGUGUGUGUGACCCCAGAGAGAUCAUUGAGCGGCAGCACCUUCAGAGCCUGUCAGUCUGGACUGGAGUCAAAGCCAAUAGUUGAUUGGUCUUCUCUGGUUUCCUCUCUCUCAGCACUGGGCUGGCAGCUGCAGGAUCUAUUGUAGCUUAGCCCCUCAUAGGAUCACUUUCCCUUUGUCUCAGAGCUGCAGCUAUACCAGUAUAAAGCAUGGCAGAGUGUCAGAGACGGACCUUGGUUCAAAUACUAUUUGAAGUAUUUCAAAUCCUUUGAGCGUUUGCUUUAGUCUGUCUGUAAUACCAUUGGUUCCAUUGUGCCAGGCAAGCUCAAUCAAGCUAAAUCAAGCCCAGAUAAAGUACCAGUAUUUGAAAACAUAACAACCCAAGUAUGUCUCAGAGCUGCUGCCCAUAUAUUAUAAAGUAUGGCUGAGUGUCAUAGAGGAAGGUUGUUAUUAUUAUUACAGCACAGUGUUGAUAUCCCGCUGUGUCAGGUUCUAUUAUGGUAUAUUCUGAUUGGAUAAAGGACUCAAUCAUUGCAUCUGUGGAAACGCUGUGAUUGGUUUCCAUAGAUUCCCAGGUGCCUUAUAUAAGGCUUGUCUGAUUUUAGUUAUUGGUCUAUGUAGGGUGUAGCCUACUCUGUAGCUCAGUUGGUAGAGCAUGGUGUUUGCAAAGCCAGGGUUGUGGGUUCGAUUCCCACGGGGGGCCAGUAUGAAAAUGUAUUCACUCGCUAACUGUAAGUCGCUCUGGAUAAGAGUGUCUGCUAAAUGACUCAAAUGUAAAAAUGUGUUGCUCCCUUUUCUCUCUCACUCUCUCCUGUGCAAGGGAUUUGAUCUUGAUUGUAUCUUGGAUCGUUGACUUUGCUCUCCUGUUAUUCUCUCUCAUCCCUCCCUCCCUCCCUCCUUUCCCCUCGUCCUCCUCUUCCUCCUCCCCCAUCCUCCUCCUCCCACCCUCUCUCCCUCUUUCCAUCUCUCCAGCAGGUUACUAAAAGUAGAACAGUGCGGUCCUCAGGACGUCAGUAACCACGUUACCCAGAAUCACCGACCGGUCCUAACCCGACCAGAGAUCCAGAACAACGAGCGGAACCGAGCCGAGGCUGAGCGGGAACGGGAACGUUACACCGUCACUGCUGUAACCAUGGUAACCUCCACCCCCACCGAGGAGGAGCAGGACAGGAAGCAGUGUGACGCGGAGCGCUACGGGUUCCAGAAGGAAGGGGCGGAGAGAGACCGGCCGCUCACUAAGAUCAACAGCAUCAAGCUACAGCCGGACCAGGCAGCAGCUGUUGCUGCUAACAUCAGAGAUGGAUCCCUACGACAGGCAGACACACCAGACGGGCUCUACAGAGCCCCACAGGUGAACACAAGAUAUACUUAAGAUGUGACUGACCCUGAUAUUUACUAUAUGAUACUGUAUGAUUUACUAUAUGAUACUGAUCAAGACUGUUCCUGAUGACUUAGGGCGUUUUCACACAUACACUAUAUGUACAAAAGUAUGUGGACACCCCUUCAAAUUAGUGGAUUUGGCUAUUUCAGCCAGAUCCGUUGCUGGCAGGUGUAUAAAAUCGAGCACACAACCAUGUAAUCUCCAUAGACAAACGUUGGCAGUAGAAUGGCCGUACUGAAGAGCUCAGUGACGUUCAACGUGGCACUGUCAUAGGAUGGCACCUUUCCAACAAGUCAGUUCGUAACAUUUCUGCCCUACUAGCGCUGCCCCGGUCAACUGUAAGUGCUGGUAUUGUCAAGUGGAAACGUCUAGGAGCAACAACGUCUCAGCCGCGAAGUGGUGGGCCACACACGCUCACAGAACGGGACCGGCAAGUGCUGAAGCACGUAGCGCGUAAAAAUAGUCUGUCCUCAGUUGCAACACUCACUACCGAGUUCCAAACUGCCUCUGGAAGCGACAUCAGCACAAUAACUGUUCGUCGGGAGCUUCAUUAAAUUAUUUACCAUGGCCGAGCAGCCGCACACAAGCCUAAGAUCACCAUGGGCAAUGCCAAGCGUCGGCUGGAGGGGUGUAAAGCUCGCCGCCAUUGGACUCUGGAGCAGUGCCAACUGUAAAGUUUGGUGGAGGAGGAAUAAUGGUCUGGGGCUGUUUUUCAUGGUUCGGGCUAGGCCCCUUAGUUCCAGUGAAUGGAAAUCUUAACGCUACAGCGUCCAAAUUUGUGGCAGCAGUUUGGGGAAGGCCCUUUCCUGUUUCAGCAUGACUAUGCCCCCGUGCACAAAGCGAGGUCCAUACAGGAAUGGUUUGUCGAGAUCGGUGUGGAAGAACUUGGCUGGCCUGCACAGAGCCCUGACCUCAACCCCAUCGAACACCUUUGGGAUGAAGUGGAAUGCCGACUGCGAGCCAGGCCUAAUCGCCCAACAUCAGUGCCCGACCUCACUAAUGCUCUUGUGGCUGAAUGGAGGCAAGUCCCCGCAGCAAUGUCCCAACAUGGAAACCCUUCCCAGAAGAGUGGAGGCUGUUCCAAAGGGGGGACUAACUCCAUAUUAAUGCCCAUGAUUUUGUAAUGAGAUGUUCGACGAGCAGUUGUCCACAUACUUUUGGUCAUGUGGUGUAGUUCUGAGCUAUAGAUUGAGUCAGACUUAGGUUAUUAGUUACAUUGUAUUUUUUUCAUUUGGUCCGGUUGGUUUCACAUUCCCAAAUGUUAAAUGAACUAAAAUGCCUAAACCAAACCAUGUGUUCAUGCAAGUAAUUUGUUUAUUGGUCAAGAAAGCUCAGAUUAAAUCCAUCUAUGAUCAUCAGGAAGCAUCACUUUUGUGUCCCAAUCAUCUUAUUACAUUCACUUUGGUCUUCCAACAACAUGCUGGAGGAAAACAGCGCAAUAGGUGCUCUAACUGCGACGUGCAUAUUCUGUAGCCUAUGUCCCCUGUAUAGCUCUGUCUCCCCUAAUCUGCAUAGGAUGCACUCAUGAAGGCACUGCUACUCACAAAAUGUUUCAAAGAUAUCAAGUUAUGAUCAUGUGUAAUCAAAUGCUCACAGUCAAACAACCAAUAAUACUGCGAGCCUCUGGUUCUUUUCCUGUGUUUGUUCCGGACUGCGUUCACACCUGCAACGAACCGUACCACAGUACAAAUGGAGAUUGACCGAGACCACUCUUUUUGAGUGAACCACAGUGUGUCUUUUGGUGCUCUUCUGAGUGUGGAUAAUGUGUUCACACCAGUCCAAACUAACCGAACUAAGGGGGUAAACGCACCAGAGUUCGGAAAAAACGCUCCAAACCAUUUUGGUGUGAAAGCCCCCUUAAUUAUAUAAAUUAUAUUGCUGUUGUUUCCUUUAUUGAUAUACCCUAUUUUAUAUAAUUUUUAUUAGUGGGAACAUUGUUCAUUGUAAAUUGCAGCUGGAGUCUUUUAUUGUAAAUGUCAACCAUUUUAGGGAGAGCUUGCUGUAUUUCUGCAAUGUGAUCAUAAUCUUUUAACUUUGAACUCUAGGUGAAUGGGUCCGGGGACCAGAGCCCAGGGGAGAUGAUGGCCCACCCCCAGCCCCACCAGACCCCCUCCAUACAGGGCAGCAUGACCCCCACCACCCCUACCCCCCAGUACCCCCAGCAAGAGCCCAGGACCCUGACCAGGACCAGCUCCAUGCAGCAGCUGGAACAGUGGGUCCGCACACAAAGAGUACGCAACCAGGACGACGACACUAGAAGGUGGGUGGGGGGGUGUAUGUUCUUGGUGUCCCAAGAUGUUAUCUCAGAGAACUUGAAAUGUGUAUGUAUUCCUGCACUGAACAAGGAAUUAUGGAACAGAAAGUCAAUUCAGAACCCUAUACAGUAAAAGACUGCAUUAACUGCCUCAGUUCUUUAUUUUAAAAAUGACAUAUUUGUGAUCACUACAAGUAGUGGGCCGGAGUUGUUUUUCUUAAUUUUUUACACAUUCUUCACUUACCUGGUUAAAUAAAUAAAGGUUAAAUAAAUAAAAUAAAAUAAAUAAAUAAACCUCUCAGAUGCUUUUUCAGACCCACAAAAUAGUGUGACAGCGUCCUCUCUCUGAUCCAAACCCUAUUAGAAAUGUAAAGCCCUCUGUAGUUCAAUACUUUUUGAUUCCAGUCACACUGACCAGACCAGAAAAUAUAUAGGCCUACCAUUGAUGCCAGAUGUAUGAGAGUCUGCUCCUGUCUUGAGUGCAGUAGAUUAGGUUAUUGUAGGACAGUCAAUUGUGUAUUGUUCUUUCUGGACUGUAAGAAAAAUGUAUCAAUACAGUAUUCUUCUUCUUAUAGCCUGUAUCAUCUGAUAGCAGAAGAAAGAGAGGGGGGAAAGUGAACUUGUCUUAGUCCUGUUAGAAAUGCUGGAUCACGCAGCAGCCCAGCAUCUAGUGGCAGAAGCUGCCUGCCUGCCUGCCUGCCUGCCUGCCUGCCUGCCUGCCUGCCUGCUUGCCUGCCUGCCUGCCUGCCUGCCUGCCUGCCUGCCUGUCUGCCUGCCUGCCUGCCUGCCUGCCUGCCUGCCUGCCUGCCUGCCUGCCUGCCUGCCUGCCUGCCUGCCUGCCUGCCUGCCUGCCUGCCUGUCUGUCUGUCUGCCUGCCUGCCUGCCUGCCUGCCUGCCUGCCUGCCUGCCUGCCUGCCUGCCUGCCUGCCUGCCUGCCUGCCUGCCUGCCUGCCUGCCUGCCUGCCUGCCUGUCUGCCUGCCUGUCUGUCUGUCUGUCUGUGUGUAUGUACAGCGAGUCAGCAGGGAUCCUGUUUUUCUCUCUCAUCAUUAGCUAGCAAUCGGCGCCUUUAGCACAGUUCACAGUCUGAAUAAGCUUUUUAUUUUUACAUAACACUGCAGUUUAAAGAGAAUGCUUCGAGCACCUCUUUUUUUUUUUUUUUUACAAAAAUGACUAUUAUUAUAUUCAUUAUUUUAAGCCACACAUAUUUGGCAUAAACUAUGACAUCUCCCUGAAACCAAGCAGGCAGCAGCAUUUGCAAACUCUUCAGUUUAAAGUGCGUAUUAAAGUGAGAAUAGUCAUUCCGCAAUCUGAGAUCAUUGCAGGGUGUUUGGAUUGCAGUAUUUUGCUGAAUCUGUACCUCGCGUCAAACAGAACAGAGAUAGGACCUCAUGAAUCAUGAAUGGUAAUGAGGUAAACCACAGAGCUGCAGAGGUAAACAAUGACAGUACACUGGGCAGAGGACGAGAGACGGACUGACUAACCAACUGCUCAUCUGGGCAGAGUGGUGUUCAUUAGGCAACCAGCUGAAUAAAAUGGACUGAAACAGGGAGGAAUUAUCUGUACUCUGGUAUAAUAAGAAAAGCAUUUUUUUUUUCAUUUUCUGUUUCAAAAUCUUUUUUCUACUGUGCCCUACUGAACACAACCCAGGGCUUGCCCGCUUAAUUGGGGGCAGAAUGCUCAGCUUGACCCAUCCAGCCAGAUCCCUCAGAGCAUCUCCCCCUCUUAAUGUGGGCCAUGGUCUGAUUUCUCCAUCCAGACAGCAGCCACUUAACUUUUCCUUGUUGUUCGCUCCAGCUGAACUCCUACUCCUCCAGCAGUGUGUGUUUGUUUGUGUGUGUGCUCUGUUUAUCAUUACUGGGCAUAAAUUAUCUCCAUGCCUCACCCCACCCCGCUCCACCGCAGCAGUCACAUUAUACGUAUGUCGUCUCACAUGAUGCUUCAUUUCCCCUGGGUUCAGUAGCAGUCUCCAGUCUCUAGUUGCAUUAUCCAGCAUCUCUAAGUGAAGGUAAUAGGCUGCUCUCUGGCUGUCUCUUUUUCUCUAUAUCUGGCUCUCUCUCAGUCUGUAUCUGCACUUUCUGACCCGACUCUGACCGUCCUUCGUAAGUGGAGCAGUUUAAAAUAUUGUUGGUUGGUGGAAUAAUCAUAUUUGGCUUAAGGGUGUUUCUUCUCUCUCCUUUCAAGCAUGUCGUUGUGUGCCCUCGUAUGCUCGCACACACACAAACACACCCACGUCUUCUUCUUCACACAUCUCGCACACAAUGGUGUGUUUAUCAUAUCUGUUAUGGCAGUUGACAAAUUAUUCAAAUGAACAGUGGCUAAUGGUUCAUAGCACAGAUGAACUCACCACAAGGUUGGACAAAAAAUGUAAUCUGGAUUUCAGCUAGGAAAAUGUGUCGUUAACAGUUUGUGUACGUGCUCACUCCAAUAACAGAGCAUCACUGCCAUUAGAUGCAUCUCUGACUGUGAUGUUGGCAGUCUGUUACUCUGUUAGAUUCACACCCCCAGGAUAGUAGUGAGAUCUUUUACAAUUAAAGCUGCUUGCUGUUAGCCUGUUCAUAAAGUUUCAUAGAGACAGAGGUUGCUAAGGAGAAUAAGUAUUUAACUCUUCAUUGAGUGUAUUUGAACUCCAGGGAUUUUCUUCAUCCUCUGCAUACAGUGCAUUCGGAAAGUAUUCAGACCCCUUGACUUUUACGACUUUGUUACGUUACAGCCUUAUUCUAAAAUUGAUUAAAUUGUUUGUUUGUUUUUCUCAUCAAUCUACACACAAUACCCCAUAAUGAAAAAGCAAAAACUGAUUUUUAGAAAUGUCUGCAAAUGUAUUCAAAAAUAAAAAACUGAAAUAUCACAGUUACGUAAGUAUUCAGACCCUUUACUCAGUACUUUGUUGAAGCACAUUUGGCAGCGAUUACAGCCUUGAGUCUUCUUGGGUAUGACGCUACAAGCUUCGCACACCUAUAUUUGGAGAGUUUCUCCUCUGCAGAUCCUCUCACGCUCUGUCAGGUUGGAUGGGGAGUGUCGCUGCACAGCUUUUUUCAGGUCUCUACAGAGAUGUUCGAUCGGGUUCAAGUCCAGGCUCAAGGACAUUCAAAGACAUGUCCCGAAGCCACUACUGCUUUGUCUUGCCUGUAUGCUUAGGUCUGAGGUCCUGAGCGCUCUGGAGAAGGUUUUCAUCAAGGAUGUCUCUGUACUUUGCUCUAUUCAUCUUUCCCUCGAUCCUGACUAGUCUUCCAGUCCCUGCCGCUGAAAAACAUCCCCACAGCAUGAUGCUGCCACCACCAUGCUUCACCGUAGGGAAGGUGCCAGGUUUACCCCAGACUUGACGCUUGGCAUUCAGUCCAAAGAGUUCAAUCUUGUUUCUCAUGGUCUGAGUCCUUUAACUGCCUUUUGGCAAACUUCAAGCAAGCUGUCAUGUGCCUUUUACUGAGUGGCUUCUGUCUGGCCACUCUACCAUAAAGGCCUGAUUGGUGGAGUGCUGCAGAGACGGUUGUCCUUCUGGAAGGUUCUCCCAUCUCCACAGAGGAACUCUGAAGCUCUGUCAGAGAGACCAUUGGGUUCUUGGUCACCUCCCUGACCAAGGCUCUUCUCCCCAGAUUGCUCAGUUUGGCCAGGCGGCAAGCUCUAGGAAGAGUCUUGGUGUUUCCAAACUUCUUCCAUUUAAGAAUGAUGGAGGCCACUGUGUUCUUGGGGACCUUCAAUGCUGCAGGAAUGUUUUGGUACCCUUCCCCAGGUCUGUGCCUCAACACAAUCCUGUCUCAGAGCUCUACGGACAAUUCCUUCGACCUCAUGGCUUGGUUUCUGCUCUGACAUGCUCUGUCAACUGUGGGACCUUAUAUAAACAGGUGUGUGCCUUUCCAAAUCAAUUCAAAUCAAAGUCCAAUCAAUUGAAUUUACUUCAAGUGGACUCCAAUCAAGUUGUAGAAAAAUCUCAAGGAUGAUCAAUGGAAACAGGAUGCACCUGAGCUCAAUUUUGAGUCUCAUAGCAAAGGGUCUGAAUAAUUAUAUAAAUAAGGUAUUUCAGUUUUUAAUCUUUAAUAUAUUUGCAAAAUUUUCUAAAAACCUGUUUUCACUUUUUCAUUAUGGGGUUUAGUGCGUAGAUUGAUGAGGAUUUUUUAUUUUAUAAUAAGGCUGUAACGUAACAAACUGUGGAAAAAGUCAAGGGGUCUGAAUACUUUCUGAAUGCACUGUAUAUCAUUGAAAUUGGCCUACAGCCCAAAUCAAUAUUCUCUAUGUCCUGAUGUUAUAUGUUGUCCUGAUCACAUCUCUGAUCCUCCUCUUUCUCUUCUCUCUUCUCAGUAUCAUAUCGUACCAGACUUUGCCUAGGAACAUGCCCAGCCAUCGGGCACCACCAGCCAUGCCCCACUACGGGGACCCUGGCUACCGUACCUUACCUAGGAACAGCAUGGCGCGGCCGGACAGUAUCUGCAGCAUGUCCCCCUCCAUAUACGACAAGGCCCUAGGCAUGGGGCUGGGCCUGGGGAUCUCGCCUGCAGACAAGAGGCGCUCCAUGAGGGACGACACCAUGUGGCAGCUGUAUGAGUGGCAGCAGAGGCAGGGCUACAUUCCCAAGUAGGCAUGAGACUAUAGAAAUAUCAUUUCUAGAAUAGGAAUUCCCAUUCAAGUUAAUGUUCUGUAAUGCUGGACCGGCAGCCAUAUUGAGUGUACCCAUGAGUGCACCAGUCAAAUUGAAGUGAUCUGAAUUGGAAUGUCCAUUAACUUCCUUAAUUGACUGAAUUGAAAUGAAAUGUACCCUAAGUAGUACCAUCUCACCCCUAGCCCCAGGCCUAUGUCGUCCACGCCCGGGCCCUACGGGGCCCUGCCCAGCCCCAAGACCAUGAUCAACCUGUCUGAGCACCAGGGUCACAGUCACCACUCUAUCCCCCCCUCGCCUUCCCACGGCUCCUUGUCCAUGUACGGGGGCUACUCGCCCCUCCGCUCCUCCUACAACCACAGCUCCAGUAGGUCAGAGGUGGGCUUGCCUGUAUACCAGGGGGAUGUCACUAUAGACAGGAGACACAGCAGGACAUCACACCUCAACAAGGUAAGAGGACUAGUCUGGACCUUGGUCUUCUAACACAUGGUUGUAUUCAUUAGGGCACACAAUGGAAAAUAUUUUUGCAACGGGACAUGAAUAUGAACGAUUCUUAUUGAACAAUUGCAGGAAGUUCCUCCAUGGUCCAGUCUGUUUUCAUCCGUUUGGUGCCUAAUGAACACAACCCUGGCCCGCAAUUGGGAUGUAUGCUUGCUGAAUAUUCCCCUGAUUGAAUACAACCCUACCUCUCUCUCUCUUCUCCAGUAUGCCUACCCGCCUGACAGGAGGUCAAUGCCAGCUGGGAUCCCUGUCCAGACCAUCAUUGCCCAGUCUCUGCAAGGCAAAACGGUCAGUUCACUUCCCUCUCUCUCUCUCCUUCUUUCUCUCCCUCUCUUCAUCCCUCUCCUCCCCUUGUCUGGUCUGACCUAAUGUACCCUGCCCUUGGCCUUGAUACACAGUCAGGCUUAUAACACCCUGUCAUUUAGUUUUCCAUUCUGGUCUAAUGGGGCUGCUGCUUCCAAAGACAAGUCACGUUCGUAAUCACUAUCCCCCCUCCUCUCUUUCCCUUCCAAGAGGAGGACAUUGUCGCAGAGCUUCUGUAGUGGCAGAUUAAGACAGGAUUUAGAUCCAUGUUCCAAGUGAUGUGGUUUAAAAUGUGUUAACUCCCUGAGCCUCUCUAACCCAGCCGUUUACACUAUGCAAGCGGCACUCGCCCAGACACGCUAGCCUCACCCUCAUGUGGGUGCUAACAAGCUAGCAAGCAAGCUAGGUAGUGCUACGUGUCAACAGCCAUUGUCAGCCAAUCCAGUUGGGGUUGGAAGCUAUGGUGAGCUUCGAUAGGUCACUCGCGUCGCGAUAUCGCAGAGGAUUUGAAUAAAGUUCAGCUUUCCCCAACUUUAGUCCCACCCUGUUCAGCUCCCUCGCCCAUGCUCGCAUCGCUCAACGGUUCCCCCACCCACUCGGCUUCUCUCGCUUUCCUUCUUUCAAUGGAAAGUGAAUGGCUUCCGAUGUUUCACCGCGCAAUACCGCUUCCUAGUGGAAACACAGUGGAAAGCCCUGUUGUUCACAGCUCACUAAGCCAUAGCCUUACCAACGGCGAUACAUCACUUUGGCUACAUGGUGAUGCAGUGCGACACAGUGCUUGGGGUACAGGGAACACUCUUGGGGUACACUUAGCUAGCAGGGACCUAGCGCUCUAGAUGACCUCUCCUGGUGUGUGGUGUCCUCUCCAGUCCUGACACGUUCUGACCUGUCCUGCUUUCUGUCCUAUCUUCCUGGCUCCUGUGUGUGAUAGGGAUGUGACAAAUGUUUCAACUGCCUUUUCUUUUUUGGGGGGUUUUCUUUUAAAACGAUAAGAAAAUGACAGAACAUUUGAUGUGAAAUCCUAUUGUGUGGAAUGAUCUCUAGGGGCAAUGAAGUUCUUACCGCAGUCAUACAGUAGGUUUGAAAGGCUCUGGAUGGUCAAUCUGACAUCUGCAGUGGCCGUACAGCAUUUAAAGUGAUACGGCCUCUGCAGAAGUCAGGGCAUUCAUAAUACUUCUUGCUCUUUGUGGAGCAGAGCCGUUGUCAAGGAAGUGAGUUUGUCUUUAUACAGGACCUCCCGCCCCCACCUACCGUCAACCAAUCAUGUCUAUAUGGAGCUAUACGGAGCCCUCCAUAUUGUUACAACAUUUGGGCUUAGCACGAUGAUGCGGCACGGAGCUCGAUUUGGCCUCCGGAGGCUCCGCAAUUGCGUCACACACUCCGUACGGAGCCUCCGGAUCGCAUUGUCGGAGCAAGCAUAAAAUGGCUUUUAGGCAUCUGUAAUCUGCUUUGUCCCGAAGACAACCGUUAAUUCACCUUGGCUCUAGUGUUCCUUCCAUUUGUUAUGUGCAUUAGCGACUCACAACAAAAAAUUAACCUAGCCAAGUGAUCACUUCUAUUCCCUACAUUCUCUUUUCCCUCCAUUACGUGUCGCUCACUCAUUUCCGAUCCGACCGCUCCCUCUAUACACAAGUGCUGCACACCCAUGCUCCCAAGCCUACAUAAAUGACUGCCGAGAAUGGGAUACACAAACAAAUGGGAUAUGCAAACAAAACUAUAGAUAAGCUACAUUCCUUACCAAAUCAAGACUGCUUUAGCACAAAUUCAAAAUGGAUUGGUUGAUUCAAGUAAGGAAAUAUAGUAUGUGUUCCAAGCACUAGCUGCAGUUUUUGCAAACUGCGUAGCUAUAGUGUGCCAUUUAGAAUAUAUUACAACCCCCCCCCCCCACCCCCCACACACUAAACCUAGGCAGGUUCCAGACUGAAAUAUGCAAGAAAAACGUUGUUUUGAUGAAUACAAAUAGUGUUUUCAUUAGUCUAAGGACCUACUUUCUUUCAUGUUUAACAAAAGCCUGUCUACCAAGUUUAAGCUCAUAAAUCAAACACAGUGCAAAAGAAAACAUGCACCAAAUGCAUGUAUCUACUGGUUAAAAAGGGGAAGAAGUUUUGCUUUCUAAUGCGGUUAACUGUAUGUCUCAACUCCCAUUUUAAAGGGAAUAACACACUGGUGAAACGGGAGUAAAUGCUGAACAGUGAUAUUGAUGAGAAAGACAUCUGUUUCUGUAGCGCGAGUCGUGGCUCAAAUAGCGCUUGCAGCCUUUCAUUUAGCAAAUGACCUCGCCAUUGGCAAUGGUUGCAUGUCAACUGCAAUCAUUUCUGUAAUAAUCAGCGCUUUCUUUUCCAACAAUUAACGACGAUGAUGUUCGGAGCGCUUCUGCUGCAAAUAAUUUGAAAGAUGCGUAUCCCCUCUUACUAACAUUACAGCAUUGUUGUGUUAGGUAGGCCUAUACAAUGUUUGUUUACAUUUACUCUGUUUACAAACAUUGGAGUGAAACAAGCUUAUAUUUUGAGGUCUGAUGGGGUACGACAGUUGAACUAAGCUCACGAUCCAUUUAUAAGUUAAAUUCUUCAAGAAUCAAUGGGUACAUACAGCAUCAUUCAUUUAGAAGUCCAACUGCUGAUUGCCUCUUCGACGUUAAUCCAAUUUGGUUUAUAAACGUUUGAAUGUUUAAACGUUCACACCCCUAGUGUGUCAUGUCCUAUUCUCCUCUUCUCAUGUCCCGACGUCUUCUCCCUCUGCCUUCUCUCCGCCCCCCUGCUCUCUGACCCCUAACCCCUACUCUGCCCUCCUGACCCGUCCUUCUCCUCUCCGGUCUUUCCUCCUGCGUCUCUCCGCCCCUCCCAAUAGCCUGAGGAGCUGACCCUGCUGCUGAUAAAGCUGCAUCGGCAGGAGGCCGACCUAGACAGUGUUCAGAAGCAAACUGUAGCACAGCUUAUGCAACUAAACCUCGAUGGCGGCCGCAACCAAAUGGGUCCCCUGAGGUCGCCACUGUGUGCUGUUGUCUCGUCGUGUGCCAUGCCGCCGUCUACUACUCUCCAUCCACUUGGGUCGUUCAUUUUUGGAAGGGCCAGAUGGGUGGUAAGGGGUGGGAUGAGAUUGUAGUCAGUGCUAAGGAGCUUGGGGCAGGUCAUCACCUUACUGCCUCCUCAAAGGAAAGACCCUUUUAUUUGAAGAUGUCUCUUUCUGAAUGUCCUUGUUCUUAUAUUAAACAAGAGCAAUAUUAUAUUAUUAUUGUUGUAUUAUAAUGUUGCUUUUGUUUUUCUUGAUGUAAAUCGGCUUUCUUUCUCCUGUUUUUUAAAACUGUUAACCCUUGAAUCUUUGUUGCUGACAUAGGCUAUUCGUGAUGACUUUGUUGUUAAUUGUAGUAAUGUACGGUGAAGAGACACAGUGGGUGUACCAGCUUACUCCCUAAAAAUAAACUCGGCAGAUGUUGCCUGGAAAUUAGAAACUCCAACUUAGUGAUCUUGAAAAGUGGACUGGCUAAGUAGGCUUAGCUGGGUUGUGUACAGUAAUGAAUUCAGGACUUUGGUUUUUUUAAGUCUCUUUUAAGUCAUCAGACAGGGAUUUAAGUAAUGUAGGGCACCCAAACUUGAGAUGGGAAACAGUUGUUGGUGAUCAAGUGUUAAUAGUGGCACUAAAGCAUGAACAAUGGUAACGUUUUUGUCAAUGGUGUGUCAUAUUGAUUUUCUCCACCUAGUCCUCAAAGCAUUCACACAGUCAGUGGUGUUGUGAGACACAUUACAUGCCUAUGACCUAUUAUACAAUGCAACACAGUAAGAAAAAUAGUAGGGUUUUCUAUCCUCCAUUUACUCCCACUCACUUUCUCAUCGCCAACAGUUUGUCCUUGUAUGUGUCUCUUAGAUCUAAACUGUUUGCCCUGUCUGUCUGUCUCUCUGUCUGUCUUUUUCUGUCAUUCUCUAUGUCUGUCCAGCUUUCUAUCUGUCUGUUUCUAUUGCCUAACGAUCCUUUGCCUCGCUCACUCUCCCUUCUCUCUUUCCUCUCCUCUUUGCUGUUCUCUGCACUGCUGACCGACGCUAGAAUGCCAUUUUGUCUCAUCACCUCCAAAGGAACCUCAUGUAUCUGGAUAACCAGGUGGGGUAACUCUAACACAUGGUCCUUAUUUUGGGACAGAUUUAGCUACCAAGUUUCAGACUUGCUCUGUCUCCAUUUGUGUGUCUUUGUGGAUGUACAAUACCAGUGAAAAGUUUGGACACACCUACUCAUUCCAGGGUUUUUCUUUAUUUUGACUAUUUCCUACAUUGUAGAAUAAUAGUGAAGACAUCAAAACUAUGAAAUAACACAUAUGGAAUCAUGAAGUAACCAAAAAAGUGUUAAACAUAUAUAUUUGAGAUUCUUCAAAGUAGCCACCCUUUGCCUUGAUGACAGCUUUGCACACUCUUGGCAUUCUCUCAACCAGCUUCAUGAGGUAAUCACCUGGAAUGCAUUUCAAUUAUCAGAUGUGCCUUGUUAAAAGUUAAUUUGUGGAAUUUCUUUCCUUCUUAAUGCAUUUGAGCCAAACAGUUGUGUUGUGACAAGGUAGGGUUCAAUGUGUCAAAUCGGAGGGCCUGUUGUCUGGACCUAUGGCAGUCUCUAUGGGGGUGCCACAGGGUUCAAUUCUUGGGCCAACUCUUUUCUCUGUGUAUAUCAAUGACGUCGCUCUUGCUGCUGGUGACUCUCAGAUCCACCUCUACGCAGACGACACCAUUUUGUAUACAUCUGGCCCUUCAUUGGACACUGUGUUAACAAACCUCCAAACGAGCUUCAAUUCCAUACAACACUCCUUCAGUAGCCUCCAACUGCUCUUAAACACUAGUAAAACUAAAUGCAUGCUCUUCAACCGAACGCUGCUUGCACCCGCCCACCCGACUAGAAUCACUACUCUAGACGGGUCUGACCUAGAGUAUGUGGACAACUACAAAUAUCUAGGUGUCUGGUUAGACUGUAAACUCUCCUUCCAGACUCACAUUAAGAAUCUCAAAUCCAAAGUUAAAUCUAGAAUCGGUUUCCUAUUUCGCAACAAAGCCUCCUUCACUCAUGCUGCCAAACAUGCCCUCGUAAAACUGACUAUCCUACCGAUCCUUGACUUCGGCGAUGUCAUUUACAAAAUAGCCUCCAACACUCUACUCAGCAAAUUGGAUGUUGUCUAUCACAGUGCCAUCCGUUUUGUCUCCAAAGCCCCAUAUAAUACCCACCACUGUGACCUGUACGCUCUUGUUGGCUGGUCCUCACUACAUAUUCGUCGCCAAACCCACUGGCUCCAGGCCAUCUAUAAAUCACUGCUAGGCAAAUCCCCGCCUUAUCUUAGCUCAUUGGUCACCAUAGCAACACCCACCCGUAGUCUGCGCUCCAGCGGGUAUAUCUCACUGGUCAUCCCCAAAGCCAACACCUCCUUUGGCCGCAAUUCCUUCCAGUUCUCUGCUGCCAAUGACUGGAACAAAUUGCAAAAAUCUCUGAAGCUGGAGACACUUAUCUCCCUCACUAACUUUAAGCAUCAGUUGUCAGAGCACCUUACCGAUCACUGCACCUGUACACAGCCCAUCUGAAAUUAGCCCGCCCAACUACCUCAUCCCUAUAUUGUUAUUUAUUUUGCUCAUUUGUACCCAGUAUCUCUAUUUGCACAUCAUCUCUUGCACAUCAUUCCAGUGUUAAUACUAAAUUGUAAUUAUUUUGCACUAUAGCCUAUUUUAUUGCCUUACCUCCAUAACUUGCUAAAUUUGCACACUGUAUAUUAAUUGUAUUUCUGUUGUAUUUUUGACUUUGUUUUGUUUUACCCCAUAUGUAACUCUGUGUUGUUGUUUUUAUCGCACUGCUUUGCUUUAUCUUGGCCAGGUCGCAGUUGUAAAUGAGAACUUGUUCUCAACUGGUUUACCUGGUUAAAUAAAGGUGAAAUAAAAAAAAAAAAAAAAAAAAAGGGGUGGUAUACAGAAGAUAGCCCUAUUUUUAUAAAAGACCAAGUCCAUAUUAUGGCAAGAACAGCUCAAAUAAGCAAAGAGAAACGACAGUCCAUCAUUACUUUAAGACAUGAAGGUCAGUCAAUCUGGAAAAGUUUCUUCAAGUGCAGUCGCAAAAACCAUCAAGCGCUAUGAUGAAACUGGCUCUCAUGAGGACCGCCACAGUAAAGGAAGACCCAGAGUUACCUCUGCUGCAGAGGAUAAGUUAAUUAGACUUAACUGCACCUCAAAUUACAGCCCAAACAAAUGCUUCACAGAGUUCAAGUAACAGUCACAUCUCAACAUCAACUGUUCAGAGGAGACUGUGUGAAUCAGGCCUUCGUGGUCGAAUUGCUUUAAAGAAACCACUACUAAAGGACACCUAUAAUAAGAAGAGACUUGCUUGGGUCAAGAAACACAAGCAAUGAACGUUAGACCGGUGGAAAUCUGUCCUUUGGUCUGAUGAGUCCAAAUUUGAGAUUUUUGGUUCCAACUGCCAUGUCUUUGUGAGAGUAGGUGAACGGAUGAUCUCCGCAUGUGUGGUUCCCACCGUGACGCAUGGAGGAGGAGGUGUGAUGGUGUGGGGUGCUUUGCUGGUGACUGUCUGUGAUUUAUUUAGAAUUGAAGGCACACUUAACCAGCAUGGCUACCACAGCAUUCUGCAGCGAUACGCCAUCCCAUCUGGUUUGUGCUUAGUGGGACUAUCAUUUGUUUUUUAACAGGACAAUGACCCAAAACACACCUCCUGACUGUGUAAGGGCUAUUUGACCAAGGAGAGUGAUGGAGUGCUGCAUCAGAUGACCUGGCCUCCACAAUCACCCGACCUCAACCCAGUUGAGAUCGUUUGGGAUGAGUUGGACCGCAGAGUGAAGGAAAAGUAGCCAACAAGUGCUCAGCAUAUGAGGGAACUCCUUCAAGACUGUUGAAAAAGCAUUCCUCAUGAAGCUGGUUGAGAGAAUGCCAAGAGUGUGCAAAGCUGUCAUCAAGGCAAAGGGUGGCUACUUUGAAGAAUCUAAAAUCUAAAACAUAUUUAGAUUUGUUUAACACUUUUUUGGUUACUACAUGAUUCCAUGUGUGUUAUUUCAUAGUUUUGAUGUCUUCACUAUUAUUCUACAAUGUAGAAAAUAGUAAAAAUAAAGAACACCCUGGAAUGAGUAGGUGUGUCCAAACCUUUGAAUGGUACUGUAUAUUUCUGUCUAAAAGGUGUUGUUUUUCCACGCUGCAUUCGAGAUGUCGGCUCAUGUAGGUCAAUAUUUGAAAAGUUUAAAGUUUGAAAACUAGCGUGUGUGUAACAUUUCUUUGGGGCUUUCCCUUGCCAUGUGACAUUUUGGAUGAGAGCAUGUUUGUGUGUGUGAUCUAUUAUGAUGGAAAAAGGUGGAGCUAGCAUCAUUGACAGUCAGUGUUGUCUCUAAACUGUCUAAAGCUCUGGUACAAACUGACUGUUCCCAAAUUGCUGCUCCUCCUUUCCUCCAUAAUGAACAACUAGAUGAAGGAAAAUAAGCCUUUAAUCGUGAUGAUUCACACAUUGAUAGAGAACUCAGCCCCCAGGCCUCAACUGUACCACCACCACUUAAGAGUAAGGUAUUGGCCAGCCAACGCCGGCUAACGUUGCUUUCUUCAAUCCAUCCUCAGUUGUUUUAUGGUCCGUCUUGCUCCUGCAAUGAUCCUCCCUGUAUUGUUUGUGAAUAUAGCACUUCUCAUUCAUACAGCUUUUACUUUACUGUCUCCUGGAAAGUCAAACCACCAAUGUGAACAUGGCUUACAUACAAACAGUAGUAUGAUGUGUACUGUAUGUUCCACUGUCUGGUUAAAACCCCUCCUUCACUAUUUACAGUUGUGUUUGUGCUUGUGUGUGCAUGUUUGUGAGUGUGUGUAUGUGUGUGCGGUAUAUUUCUAUUCCAUUGUUGUGUUGCCAGUGUUAUGGGCCAACCGCACAACUCUGUUUCCACCAGUCUCUGUAUGGGCAGUGAGAAUUCACACUUAAAACAAACUAUUUGAAACCACAUAUGUGACCGACCGCCUCGAUUCGGUCUUAUGUAGCAAAAUUUGAAAUUGUGUUUUUUACUUUGGAUAAAAGUACUCAGAGCUAUAAAUGGUAUAUCAUACACGACAGUUGAGGAACAAUGGGAAAGUAAUUCUGCUUUGAAAGUUGAUAAACUUGUAACCCCACUUUUGAGAAAAUGGCCCUUGAAUGUUUUGGUACACAUACUGGAGAGCUCUUCUUUGUCUGCACCCAUUCAGCAUCGUUCACACCCUCUUAAGCCUUAGUCCCACCCAUCUCUUUAAGGAUUCACAUGUGAGGCCAUGUGGAAAGCACACACUAUAUCAAAUAAAAGUUUAUUUGUCACAUGCACAGGAUACAGAAGGUGUAAACGGUGCAGUGAUAGUGCUUGCAUAGUAGCAAUAUCAAAAACAGAAAGUGUCCAGAUAAAAAAUAAUUUACAAAUAUUUUAUCGUUGUUAGAUGACGCUUACCCAACACACUUGUCUAAAUUGAUGGGUCAUGUGAAGGACAUUCUAUAACCAACCCUCACCCACAUCUAGCUAAGUGGAUGGGUCACUAUUGUCUAGACAUGUACACAUGUUCAUGCACAGUCAAUCACCCCCAGACACACCUGCUAAUUAGAUGGGUCAUGUAAUAAUCAGGUCGAAGUGGAGUCUUUUGUUUAGACAUGUAGGUAGCUAGGUAGCUAGCUAGCUAAACAAUGAACCCAACUCAUACUACUACCAAUACAAACAUUGUCAUAGCUGUAGUAUGAAUCUUCAGGUAGCUAAAUCUAACAAACUAGGUUCAAUGUUAGAUAGCUAACAUUAGGCUAUAACUAGCAAUGCAAAUGGAUUUCUGAUUGGAAUAAUAUUACUACACAGAUCAUACACGUAACGUUAGCUAGCGAGCCAGCAAGCUAACGUUUGCUAGCUAACUAACGGUAUGUUUUAGCUUGCAAUAAAAAUGACUUUCUGACAAAAUUAAAAAUGUAUAUCUGGAAAAUGUAGCUAGACUCUUACCCGUAUACGUGGAUGAACGCUUCACGGCAGACUGGAACCAUUUAAUUCCGUUUUGUUUGUAGCUACAUCUUGUUUGGCCAGUGUUGUGUCAAGUCACUCCGGUUCACACUGACCGUGGCGUGUGCAGAAAGUAGCCCAUCACUUUUUCCUACUGAUCUGUCGAUAGCGCCUGCUAAAUUCAGGGCAUCAAUGUUGUUGAGAAAAGUAGGACAACUUUUGUAGUUCUCGAUGGCUAACGUUAUAUCUUUCAAAAACGGCGCGGUAGAAAGGACUGUCAACACAUACUGAACAGCUCACGUUAUAGACAGAAGUGCGUUACAUGGCAGACCAAUCCAAACUCAUCUCCCGGCAUGUCCAGCCCAUACAUUAUCUCAGCCAAUCAAAGCUAGUGGGGAGGUUCCUGUUUUUUUCCCAUGGCUAAACCAAAUAGGCUCGUAAUUUAACAAUUGUAUUCGUAUUUGUGGAUGGAAUACAAGUUUGUUAUUAAGGCACAUGAAAAUUCACGUUCCAGAAGGAAUUUCUGCCAAAAAACACAUUUAGGUAAAAAAUAAAUGUUUACAGUGCCUUGCAAAAGUACUCAUCCCCCUUGGCGAUUUUCCUAUUUUGUUGCAUUACAACCUGUAAUUUAAAUUGAUUUUUAUUUGGAUUUCUUGUAAUGGACAUACACAAAAUAGUCCAAAUAAAAAAUUACUUGUUUAAAAAAAUUCUACAAAAUAAAUAACGGAAAGGUGGUGUGUGCAUAUGUAUUCACCCCCUUUGCUAUGAAGCCCCUAAAUAAGAUCUGGUGCAACCAAUUACCUUCAGAAGUCACAUAAUUAGUUAAAUAAAGUCCACCUGUGUGCAAUUCAAGUGUCACAUGAUCUCAGCAUAUAUACACCUAUUCUGAAAGGCCCCAGUCUGCAACACCACUAAGCAAGUGGCACCACCAAGUAAGCGGCCCCAUGAAGACCAAGGAGCUCUCCAAACAGGUCAGGGACAAAGUUGUGGAGAAGUACACAUCAGGGUUGGGUUAUAAAGAAAUGUCAGAAACUUUGAACAUCCCACGGAGCACCAUUUUAAAUCCAUUAUUAAAACAUUGAAAUAAUAUGGCACCACAACAAACCUGCCAAGAGAGAGCUGCCCUCCAAAACUCACGGACCAGGAAAGCUCCACAGCGGAGAUUGGAGUAUCUGUCCAUAGGACCACUUUAAGCCGUACACUCCACAGAGUUGGGCUUUAUGGAAGAGUGGCCAGAAAAAGCCAUUGCUUAAAGAAAAAAAUAAGCAAACACAUUUGGUGUUCGCCAAAAGGCAUGUGGGAGACUCCCCAAACAUAUGGAAGAAGGUACUCUGGUCAGAUGAGACUAAAAUUGAGCUUUUUGGCAAUCGAGGAAAACGCUAUGUCUUGCGCAAACCCAACACCUUUCAUCACCCCGAGAACACCGAUGCUUUUCAUCGGCAGGGGCUGGGAAACUGGUCAGAAUUAAAGGAAUGAUGGAUGGCAUUAAAUACAGGGAAAUUCUUGAGGGAAACAUGUUUCAGUCCUCCAGAGAUUUGAGACUGGUACGGAGGUUUACCUUUAGCAUACUGCUAAAUUAACACUUGACUGGUUUAAGGGGAAACAUUUAAAUGUCUUGGAAUGGCCUAGUCAAAGCCCAGACCUCAAUCCAAUUGAGAAUCUGUGGUAUGACUUAAAGAUUGCUGUACACCAGCGGAACCCAUCAAACUUGAAGGAGCUGGAGCAGUUUUGCCUUGAAGAAUGGGCAAAAAUCCCAGUGGCUAGAUGUGCCAAGCUUAUAGAGACAUACCCCAAGAGACUUGCAGCUGUAAUUGCUGCAAAAGGUAGCUCUACAGCGGCAGGUAGCUUAGUGGGUAAGAGCGUUGUGCCAGUAACCGAAAGGUCGCUGGUUCUAAUCCCAGAGCCGACUAGGUGAAAAAUCUGUCGAUGUGCCCUUGAGCAAGGCACUUAACCCUAAUUGCUCCUGUAAGUCGCUCUGGAUAAGAGCGUCUGCUAAAUGACUAAAAAUGUAAAAAAUGUACAAAGUAUUGACUUUUGGGGGGGGGGGGUGAAUAGUUAUGCACGCUCAAGUUUUCAUUUUUAUUUUUAUUUUUUCUUGUUUCUUGUUUGUUUCACCCAAAAAAAUAUUUUGCGUCUUCAAAGUGGUAGGCAUGUUGUGUAAAUGAAAUGAUACAAACCCCCAAAAAAUUCCAGGUUGUAAGGCAACAAAAUAGGAAAAAUGCCAAGGGAGAGAAUACUUUUGCAAGCCACUGUACGUUCAAAUGCUGCUCCUGUGAAGUAGUGAUGUGCGACAUACAGUGGGGAAAAAAAGUAUUUAGUCAGCCACCAAUUGUGCAUGUUCUCCCACUUAAAAAGAUUAGAGAGGCCUGUAAUUGGCAUCAUAGGUACACGUCAACUAUGACAGACAAAUUGAGAAAAAUAAUUCCAGAAAAUCACAUUGUAGGAUUUUUAAUGAAUUUAUUUGCAAAUUAUGGUGGAAAAUAAUUAUUUGGUCACCUACAAACAAGCAAGAUUUCUGGCUCUCACAGACCUGUAACUUCUUCUUUAAGAGGCUCCUCUGUCCUCCACUCGUUACCUGUAUUAAUGGCACCUGUUUGAACUUGUUAUCAGUAUAAAAGACACAUGUCCACAACCUCAAACAGUCACACUCCAAACUCCACUAUGGCCAAGACCAAAGAGCUGUCAUAGGACACCAGAAACAAAAUUGUAGACCUGCACCAGGCUGGGAAGACUGAAUCUGCAAUAGGUAAGCAGCUUGGUUUGAAGAAAUCAACUGUGGGAGCAAUUAUUAGGAAAUGGAAGACAUACAAGACCACUGAUAAUCUCCCUCGAUCUGGGGCUCCACGCAAGAUCUCACCCCGUGGGGUCAAAAUGAAGAACGGUGAGCAAAAAUCCCAGAACCACACGGGGGGACCUAGUGAAUGACCUGCAGAGAGCUGGGACCAAAGUAACAAAGCCUACCAUCAGUAACACACUACGCCGCCAGGGACUCAAAUCCUGCAGUGCCAGACGUGUCCCCCUGCUUAAGCCAGUACAUGUCCAGGCCCGUCUGAAGUUUGCUAGAGUGCAUUUGGAUGAUCCAGAAGAGGAUUGGGAGAAUGUCAUAUGGUCAGAUGAAACCAAAAUAUAACUUUUUGGUAAAAACUCAACUCGUCGUGUUUGGAGGACAAAGAAUGCUGAGUUGCAUCCAAAGAACACCAUACCUACUGUGAAGCAUGGGGGUGGAAACAUCAUGUUUUUGGGCUGUUUUUCUGCAAAGGGACCAGGACGACUGAUCCGUGUAAAGGAAAGAAUGAAUGGGGCCAUGUAUCGUGAGAUUUUGAGUGAAAACCUCCUUCCAUCAGCAAGGGCAUUGAAGAUGAAACGUGGCUGGGUCUUUCAGCAUGACAAUGAUCCCAAACACACCGCCCGGGCAACGAAAGAUUCGUAAGAAGCAUUUCAAGGUCCUGGAGUGGCCUAACCAGUCUCCAGAUCUCAACCCCAUAGAAAAUAUUUGGAGGGAGUUGAAAGUCCGUGUUGCCCAGCGACAGCCCCAAAACAUCACUGCUCUAGAGGAGAUCUGCAUGGAGGAAUGGGCCAAAAUACCAGCAACAGUGUGUGAAAACCUUGUGAAGACUUACAGAAAACGUUUGACCUGUGUCAUUGCCAACAAAGGGUAUAUAACAAAGUAUUGAGAAACUUUUGUUUUUGACCAAAUACUUAUUUUCCACCAUAAUUUGCAAAUAAAUUCAUAAAAAAUCCUAAAAUGUGAUUUUCUGGAUUUAUUUUCUCAUUUUGUCUUUCAUAGUUGACGUGUACCUAUGAUGAAAAUUACAGGCCUCUCUCAUCUUUUCAAGUGGGAGAACUUGCACAAUUGGUGGCUGACUAAAUACUUUUUUCCCCCACUGUACGCCUUGUUUCCUGAAACGAGCCACAUAUCAUUGUGGUUAUGUUUUGAUAGCAUGAACUACUAGGGCUGACAUCAAUUUGUAAUUUUAGACCUCCCUUGUUUGCUCCCUCGAGAGUGUAAGUUGGCCUAUGUAUUUCCUUUCUAAAUUACGAUGCAGGAGCAGAUUUGCUUGAGAGGCUGUUUUUUUUGUGACGAUUGUAUGACGCUGCACACCACUUCUCUGACACUUUUGUGAACACCUCGGAAGGUGUAAAACUACUACUGUCUUCCUCUGUCCCCAUAUGUUGUCGGCAUACCAGCACAGCGGCUGAUAUCCACACCUGACUGUCAGAGAAAUGACCCUCCCUCCCAGGCUAAAACUCCCUGUGAGCCUGCAUGCUCCGUGUGGAAUGUCACCAACAUACCACCUGGUCCACAUGCUUUCUUUGUGCUGUGGUGUGGUGCUGGCAGACAACUGCGGGUGUGUGUAUGUGGAAGAGAGGAGAGAGAUUGCUGUUUGUCUGGACUGACUGAUGUUAACGUAUUCUGUAAGGAAUGCCCUAGAUUGUCUUUGAAAUUAUUUUGAAUUUGCUCUAUCUAUUGGGGUAAAAGCAAUUGUCAGUACAAUAGUUUUUCUUUGAAAUUAUUUAGAAUUUGCUCAGUCUAUUGGGGUAAAAGCAAUUGUAAGUACAAUGCAUUAUGGGUUGCUAAGUAGAUGUGGUACUAGUGACACUAAUUAGCGGAGGAACAACCCCCAAUCCCUUUCGUCAGACCUCUCUUCCCUUGUUAUUAAGGCCAAACAUUUAGCCCAAUGAAACCAUUUGCUUCAAUAGGAGCUAAAAGGAAAGGAAAAAGUCAAGUCAACUAUUGGCCCGAUGUUCAGUCACUGUCUCAAAUAAACCAAUCCUGUUUAUAAAAACACAUUUUAUUUUUCUUAGCACUUAUUAUAGCUCUGUUUGGCUCUCAGUCUUUAUAGUCUGUGGUCGGUGUGUCAGUUUGGGACUCGUUUCAACUGUUCUGUUUUGUAACACAAACACUGGCCUGGACCACAGAGACUAGACAAACAGAUUCCUCUGAAGACUUUAUAUGUGGUAAAGGCCCAAUCUGGGAUAUGCCUUACUCUGUAUGAGUGGGAGUAUGUAGAUUAUGAAGACUAGGGGGCCCAGCACAGAUCAUUGGUGCACACCCUGUUGUUUUGAAUUAAAGAUAACGUUUUAUUCUGGAAGAACAUCAUAAAUGCAUAUCACUUAUGCCUAUAAGAUCCCCCUAGAGUAUAUUGAUGAACUGGUGCACAGACACUUCAAAACCUUAUCCCUUAUUAUUUAUUGACUGUCUUUUUUGCCAUUUAUGACUGUUAUUCAAUACAUUUCUAUGGGCUUUAGUAGUAUUUUUGAUACCUUAAUUUUAAAGGUGUCCUAAAAUUCAAAAUCAAAUAGUUAAAUAAUAAAUGGUAUGACCUUCUUAAAACAAUUCCAUAUGUCAGCUUAGAACCCCCCUCCCUCCCCACGGCUUAGACUUUUAAGAAAUAAGCGGUUCCACUUGGCAAACCAAGUGGCAGGGCUGCCAUUGUUUUUCGAAUUGCAGGCUGACCUUUUUAAAGUAUGCUGGCAGUUGGACAACACAACCACCAGACAUAGUUGGUGCCCUGACAGUCUGACAAUAUAGUUGAGUAAGCACAUAGUUGUACCUGCCUUCUGCUUGCAGUGCCCUCUAUAACCACUAUAUUCUGCUGAGGAAGACAAGUCACUCUGGAUGUUGAAUGCACCAGCAGCCUCAGAAUAGACAGGCUGUUUAGACUAGACUGCCUGUUGUCCUGGUUGCUAUCAGUAUUAUGUUUGGUGGUUUUGUAAAUGUAGAUGUAUCUGGUUCAGUGAGAAAUGACAAACCAUUUGCACAAUUCUAUUCAAUGAACUUUACUUAUCCCAGAGGUGCAAUCAUUGCUGGCAGGCAUAGGAUACAGAUUGAAAGACAAUAACAUACACUUAGUUAAUACAACGGGUAAUAAUAUGACCUCAUCAUGAAGCUGCAUUAGAUAUGAUUCUACUGUAACUGCCUGUCCUUCUCUACAGAUGAGCCCAGAGGAAUACAGGGAACACUCCUACAUGUGCAGGCCGGAGGAAGUCGACAUUGAUGUAAGUCCAACACACUCAAGUAUGGCUACUGUGACACAUUUUCCUAUGGGAAAUACUGUGGACUGUCUUGGGUAUGAUAGUCUUAGGUAUGGGGAAGCAAGAAAAAUAUGGAUCUCCUAUAGUUAUCUGGACUAUAUAAUGUACACCAUAUACAGCACAGCCUGUUCUGACCUCCCCCCUGUGUUGUGUUGACUCUGGAAAUAUCUGAAAAGAUUUACACUAUAUAUACAAAAGUAUGUGGACACCCCUUCAAAUGAGUGGAUUCGGCUAUUUCUGCUACACCCGUUGCUGACAGGUGUAUAAGAUCAACACAUGCAAUCUCCAUAGACAAACAUUGGCAGUAGAAUUAACUUACUGAAGAGCUCAGUUACUUUCAACGUGGCACCGUCAUAGGAUGCCACCUUUCCAACUAGUCAGUUCUUACAAUGUCUGCCCUGCUGUUAUUGUGAAAUGGAAACGUGUAGGAGCAACAACGGCUCAGCCGUGAAGUGGUAGGCCACACAAGCUCACAGAACGGGACCGCCGAGUGCUGAAGCUCGUAGCGCAUAAAAAUCGUCUGUCCUCAGUUGCAACACUCACUACCGAGUUCCAAACUGCCUCUGGAAGCAACAUCAGCACAAUAACUGUUCGUCGGGAGCUUCAUGAAAUGGGUUUCCAUGGCCAUGGGCAAUGCCAAGCGUCCGCUGGAGGGGUGUAAAGCUUGCCGCAAUGGUACUCUGGAGCAGUGGAAACGCGUUUUCUGGAGUGAUGAAUCACGCUUCACCAUCUGGCAGUCCAUCUGACAAAUCUGGGUUUGGCGGAUGCCAGGAGAAUGCUACCUGCCCCAAUGCAUAGUGCCAACUGUAAAGUUUGGUGGAGGAGGAAUAAUGAUCUGGGGCUGUUUUUCAUGGUUCGGGCUAGGACCGAAUGACAUUCUAGAGGAUUCUGUGCCUCAGACUUUGUGGCAACAGUUUGGGGAAGGCCCUUUCCUGUUUCAUCAUGACAAUGCCCCCAUGCACAAAGCGAGGUCCAUACAGAAAUGGUUUGUCGAGAUCGGUGUAGAAGAAUUUGGCCUGCACAGAGCCCUGACCUCAACCCAAUCGAACACCUUUGGGAUGAAUUGGAACGCCAACUGCGAGCCAGACCUAAUCGCCCAACAUCAGUGCCCGACCUCACUAAUGCUCUUGUGGCUGAAUGGAAGCAAGUCCCCGCAGCAAUGUCCCAACAUCUAGUGGAAAGCCUUCCCAGAAGAGUGGAGGCUGUUAUAGCAGCAAAGGAGGGACCAACUCCAUAUUAACGCCCAUGAUUUUGGAAUGAGAUGUUCGACGAGCAGGUAUCCACAUACUUUUGGUCAUAUAGUGUACAUCAUCUGAUCGGAUUGUUUCUGUUCUCCUACUCAGGCCAAGCUGAGCAGGUUGUGUGAACAGGACAGGGUUGUCCGGACGCAGGAGGACAAGCUACAGCAGCUACACAGAGAGAAGGUAAUGGAUCUGUCUGCAAUACACCCUGCUGAUGUGAUGUCUCCUCACCACUUACUUAACAAAGCCUCUAACACAUGGAGUGGACCCAAUAUAGAGGUGUUCUAGCACUUUAGUAGGGCCCUGUAAAAUCCACGUGGCGGACGGAAUCACGGAAUCCAGACAUUGAAACGGAAUUCAACAAUAUACAAUGUUUUAUUGAACUUAAUAGUAGGAAAUCAACUCAAAUGUAUUGAACUUAUUCGAAAAUGCAUUAAUUUCCCCAAGUUAAUCAUAAGACAUGAACAAAAUGCAUCAGUGAUUCGUAUUUUCCUGCAACUUUCUGAAACGGCACAGGAAGGGCCCUGUCUGUGUGUAUGCCGUGUGCGCAUAUGUCUACACUUUGUGUAGCCGUUAGCGAUGAUGCUAAUGAUAACCUUCUUCUAGUAGAGAUGGAAAGGCUUUGUGUGUUGUUGUUCUCUAAUGGUGGUCCCCUCCACAGCAUACCCUGGAGAUGGCCUUGCUGUCGGCCAGUCAGGAGAUAGAGAUGGGCUUUGAAAACCCAGCCGCUGUACACAGUGUCAUCCAGCAGAGUGAAGUGCUACAGAGUGGCUUGCUCAGUACCUGUAGAGAGCUAUUCAGAGUUAACACUGUGAGUAUAUGUAUACACUACACUACACGCACACACACAAACACACACACACACACACAAACACUGCAUGCCUGGGAGAAGAGUCUGUGUGUAUGAUAUAAGGCGAUGUCAUUGACUCUCUUCCUCUCCCCAGGAGUUGGAGCGGUCAUGGAGGAAUUAUGAGAAGAUGGAGGGAGAUGUCUCAUUGGCCAAGAACAACCUGCUGGAGCAACUAGAGGCACUGGGAAGCCCUCAGGUACACAACAACAACAACAACAACCAUUAACCCCUGCAUUACUCUGCCUUACUCUGUGGUAGUGGGAGUAUGUCGAUUAUGAAGAGUAGGGGUCCCAGCAGGGAGCCCUGGGGCACACCCUGUGUGACUUUGAGAGUGUCGGAGGGGUAGCUAUUGAGAGUGAUGAAUGGUUUCCUAUUUAGUGAGGUAGGAUCGGAUCCGUCCAUCCAGCUGUCCAUUCAUCCAUCCAUCCAUUUAUCCAUCCAUUCAUUCCUCUCUAUCUCUCACUCCCUCUCAAUUUCUCCCCUAUCCUGUAGCUGAUAGAGGGGUAAUAGCAUCAGUGGGGAAAUAAAGCUGUAAGGCAGGUGAUUGAUCACAACACUGUGAGAGGGGCAGAUUUUAAUUAGAUCCGAGGGCUGUGUUUUCUCUCUCUCUUUUUCUCUCUCUUUCUUUCUCUCUUAUAUCCCUCUGUUUUUAUAUCCCUCUCUUUUCAUUCCUCCCUUUAUUCAUGUAUUCCUCAGUCAGUCAGAGCCCAGAUUAAUUAAUAUAGCCUCAGUGCCCUUCAUAGACACACACAGGCCUGUCAUCAGCAGGGAGUGGCUCAUUAUCUGCUCCUCUCUUUCCUUAUCCCUCAGCCACAAGCCUAAUACAAGGUCUCGCUGGCAUAGGAGCAUGGUCAGCCUUACUCUCUCCCUCUCUCUCUUUCUAUCUCUCUUUCUCUUUCUCUCUCUCUCUCUAUCUCUCUCUCUCUCUCUCUCUCUCUCUCUCUCUCUCUCUCUCUCUCUCUCUCUCUCUCUCUCUCUCUCUCUCUCCCUCUCGCUCUCUCUCAUUUACUUUUAUCAUCUCCUGUUUUUUUAUUUCAAAUGAAAUGUAUCUUUCUGUUCAACUUUUAUUGUUAAUUUAUAGUCUCUGUGUGUGUGUGUGUUCAGACAGAGCCACCCUUUUUACAUGUAUCUCUUUCUCUCUGUCAGACGGAGCCCCCCAGCCAGCAGCAUGUCCACAUCCAGAAGGAGCUGUGGAGGAUCCAGGACGUGAUGGAAGCCCUCAGCAAGAACAAGGCCCAGAGGAGCUCAGACACACAGGGAUACUACUGCUCCACGCCCAUCUCCAACCAACACAAGAGUGAGGUGAGGAGCACACAUGCACAAAUGUGCACACACAUACACUGUGUGUACAAAACAUUUUUUCACGCUCAACAGUGUAUCAAGAAUGCUCCACCACCCAAAGGACAUCCAGCCAACUUGACACAACUGUGGGAUGCAUUGGAGUCAACAUGGGUUGCAUCCCUGUGGAUUUUGACACCUUGUAGAGCAGGGAUCAUCAACUAUAUUCAGCCGCGGGGUGAUUUUUUCUUAAGCGGAUGGUCGGGGGCCAGAACAUAAUAAUAUAAUAAUAAUAAUAUAAUAUAAUAAUAUAAUAUGCCAUUUAGCAGACGCUUUUAUCCAAAGCGACUUACAGUCGUGCGUGCAUACAUUUUUUUUUUUUUUUUGUGUAUGGGUGGUCCCGGGGAUCGAACCCACUACCUUGGCGUUACAAGCGCCGUGCUCUACCAGCUGAGCUACAGAGGACAUGAUAACAAAUCAUUUGUUGACUGCAAAUUGAUCGCAAGAAGCCCAAACAGAUAUAAUAUUUGACUAAAACAUAAUAAUUUCAAACCUUGCUUACAUUUGUAUAUGAUCAUGUGUCUCUCUAUAAUACGUGGAAAUACUUGGGAACAGAUUUUCCAAAUUAAAAUCACUUGGAGCUGAUUUCCUGGAGUUUUUACCGUUGUUUUAUGUCCAACAAUGAAAAUUCAACCCCCGCUCAGAUAAAUUGGGGGGCCAAAUAAAACCACCCGGGUGCCAAAUUCUGCCCGUGGGCCGCCAGUUGGUGAACCCUGUUGUAGAGUCCAUGCCCCAAUGAAUUGAGGCUGUUCUGAGGGCAAAAGGGGUGCAACUCAAUAUUAGGAAGGCGUUUCCCUAAUGUUUUGUAUACUCAGUGUAAAUCUGUAUACUAGACUGCCUGUAAGUACAGUAUCUAGUUUGUGAGAGGCUCUGCUCAGAGGAGGCUCUAUCCUUCCUCUCUUGAUGUCAUAGAUGGUUGGAUUCCUCUGAGUGGGCUGUCAUGUGCAGUGUUAGAUGUGUAAGUCAGUGACCUUGUCCCUGGGUGAUGUACUGUGACUCUCUAUAAUGAGAUCGGAGGCCCUCUCCAACCCAGCUGCCACCCAGCCACCGCGGGCGGGGUACAUGUGUCACCUUGUCCUCCUGCCUGCUCUGCCCUACCCUGUGUGAUCUCUGCCAUGUAUACAGUGCAUUAGGAAAGUAUUCAGACCCCUUGACUUUUUCCACAUUUUGUUACGUAACAGCCUUAUUCUAAAAUUGAUAAAAUAGUUUUUUAAUCUACACACAAUACCCCAUAAUGACAAAACAUAAACAGGUUUUUAUACAUUUUUGACAAUGUAAAAAAACUGUACUAUCACAUUUACAUAAGUAUCAGACCCUUUACUCAGUACUUUGUUAAAGCACCUUUUGGCAGCAAUUACAGCCUCGAGUCUUCUUGGGUAUGACGCUACAAGCUUAGCACACCUGUAUUUGGGGAGUUUCUCCCAUCAUCUUCGGGCUCUGUCUGGGCCACUAAAGGACAUUCAGAGACUUGUUCCGAAGCAACUCCUGCGUUGUCUUGGCUGUGUGCUUAGGGUCAUUGUCCUGUUGUUAGGUGAACCUUCGCCCCAGUCUAAAGUCCUGAGUGCUCUGGAGCAGGUUUUCAUCAAGGAUCUCGCUGUACUUUGCUACAUUCAUCUUUCGCGCGAUCCUGACUAUUCUCCCAGUGCCUGCCGCUGAAAAACAUCCCCACAUCAUGACGUUGCCACCACCAUGCUUCACCGUAGGGAUGGUGCCAGGUUUCCUCCAGACGUGAAACUUGGCAUUCAGGCCAAAGAGUUCAAUCUUGGUUUUAUCAGACCAAAUAAUCUUGUUUUUCAUGGUCUGAGAGUCCUUUAGGUGCCUUUUGGCAAACUCCAAGCGGACUGUCAUGUGCCUUUUACUGAGGAGUGGCUUCCAUCUGACCACUCUACCGUAAAGGCCUGAUUGGCCAGGCGUCCAGCUCUAGGAAGUGUCUUGGUGGUUCCAAACUUCUUCCAUUUUAAGAAUGAUGGAGGCCACUGUGUUCUUCGGGACCUUCAAUGCUGCAGCAUUUUUUUGGUACCCUUCCCCAGAUCUGUGCCUCGACACAAUCCUGUCUCAGAGCUCUACGGACAAUUCCUUCUACCUCAUGGCUUGGUUUUUGCUCUGACAUGUACUGUCAACUGUGGGGCCUUAUAUAGACAGGUAUGUGCCUUUCCAACUCAUGUCCAAUCAAUUUAAUUUACCACAGGUGGACUCCAAUCAAGUUGUAGAAACAUUCCAAGGAUGAUCAAUGGAAACCGGACGCACCUAAACUCAAUUCCGAGUCUCAUAGCAAAGGGUCUGAAUACUUACAGUACCGGUCAAAGGUUUUCGAACACCUACUCAUUCAAGGUUUUUUCUUUAUUUUUACUAUUUUUUUUACAUUGUAGAAUAAUAGUGAAGACAUCAAAACUAUGAAAUAACACAUGUGGAUUCAUGUAGUAACCAAAAAAGUGUUUAACAAAUCAAAAUAAAUAUAAUUUAUAUUUGAGAUUCUAUAAAUAGCCACCCUUUGCCUUGAUGACAGCUUUGCAUACUCUUGGCAUUCUCUCAAGCAGCUUCACCUGGAAUGCUUUUCCAACAGUCUUGAAGGAGUUCCCACAUAUGCUGAGCACUUGUUGGCUGCUUUUACUUCACUCUGUGGUCCGACUCAUCCCAAACCAUCUCAAUUUGGUUGAGGUCGGGGGAUUGUGGAGGCCAGGUCACCUGAUGCAGCACUCCAUCACUCUCAUUAUUGGUAAAAUAGCCCUUACACAGCCCGGAGGUGUGUUGGGUCAUUGUCCUGUUGAAAAACAAAUGAUUAUCUCACUAAGCCCAAACCAGAUGGGAAUGGCGUAUCGCUGCAGAAUGCAGUGGUAGCCAUGCUGGUUAAGUGUGCCUUGAAUUCUAAAUAAAUCACAUACGGUGUCACCAGCAAAGCACCCCGCACCAUAACACCUCCUCCUCCAUGCUUUAUGGUGGGAAAUACACAUGUGGAGAUCAUCCGUUCACCCACACCGCGUCUCACAAAGACACAGCGGUUGGAACCAAAAAUCUCAAAUUUGGACUCCAGACCAAAGGACAAAUUUCCACCGGUCUAAUGUCCAUUGCUCGUGUUUCUUGGCCCAAGCAGGUCUCUUCUCCUUAUUGGUGUCCUUUAGUAGUGGUUUCUUUGCAGCAGAGGUAACUCUGGGUCUUCCAUUCCUGUGGUGGUCCUAAUGAGAACCAGUUUCAUCAUAGAACUUGAUGGUUUUUGCUGCUGCACUUGAAGAAACUUUCAAAGUUCUUGAAAUUGUCCGUAUUGACUGACCUUCAUGUCUUAAAGUAAUGAUGGACUGUCGUUUCUCUUUGCUUAUUUGAGCUGUUCUUGCCAUAAUAUGGACUUGGUCUUUUACCAAAUAGGGCUAUCAUCUGUAUACCACCACUACCUUGUCACAACACAACUGAUUUGCUCAAACGCAUUAAAAUUAAAGAAAUUCCACAAAUUAACUUUUAAGAAGGCACACCUGUUAAUUUAAAUGCGUUCCAGGUGACUAACUCAUAAAGCUGGUUGAGAGAAUGCCAAGAGUGUGCAAAGCUGUCAUCAAGGCUAAGAGUGGCUAUUUGAAGAAUCUCAAAUAUAAAAUAUAUAUUUUGACCAGUAGUGUCUGUAAAUAAGGUAUUUCUGUUUUUUUUUUAUUAUAAAUGUGCAAAAAUACACUGUUUUCACUUUGUCAUUAUGGGGUAUUGUGUGUAGAUUGAUGAUUACAUUUUUUUAUUUAAUCAAUUUUAGAAUAAGGCUGUAACAUAACAAAAGGUGAAGGGGUCUGAAUACUUUCCGAAUACACUGUAUGUGAAUUUAUAUAAUUUUAAGUGCUGCCAUCUUGAACAGCUCUCUCUUGUAAACAAGAGCUUCUGACACUUAUGGGUUGUGGAAGUCCUGUGGGAGUGAAAAAGUUAGUGCUGUUUAGUAGGGGUGUAACGAUCCAUCUACUACAUCGAUGUAUCGAUUUAUAUUCCUAUGAUCCAACUACAUCGAUCUGUGCUCGGCGAGUUGGCCUUUUGGACAACAUAUAUCAAUAUAACAUCGUUUUAAAAUGUAAUAAAUCGAUUGUAUCGAUACUAGGAAAUAACCCAUUGGAUUUAAGCACGUCAGACUUUAUAUGGAUGUUUUUUCUUAGCACUUUUAAUGAUAAAGGCUUUAAACAUUACUCGAUUCAGUCUGCCUAUCCGUGACGUCAUCGCCCCGCGCCAGCAGCAGCGCAAAGGCGCAAAGACAACAAAACAUAGCAUGGCGGACGACAGAGGAGAAGCCGACGAGCGAGAAAUUAUCAAGCCACCAUUGCGGUCCUUACAAGAAACAGGAAUCUAGGAAACUUCACCUGCACUGUCCAGUAUCCAGGUAUUUAUUUCAGUCACACUGGUUGAAUUUUUGGCUAAAAGGUUACUGAAUCGAUUUCAAGUCACUGAAUCGUUUCGGAUCGUAUCGUUCUAAAUGAACCAAUAUCGUCCUUGAAUCGUAUCGACAACCACGAAUCGUGAUACAAAUCGAAUCGUUGUUAAAACGAAUCGUUACACCCCUACUGUUUAGUCUUGUCACAGGUUUUUGUUCAUGUGUAUGAUGUGUAUCUGUCUUAACAAUAACAAAAUUGAUCACACAAAAAUUAGUACAACCUGUAUAAAUAAAGGUUAAAUAACAUCUCCAGGAGGAGGAGUUGGAAGUGGAGAACCUCUCGGCUCCCCCGCGGCCGCCCCUACCCCAGGCCUACGAGCCCAACCAGCCCAACCUUGCUGCCAUACCCCACCUGCCCUCUCCCGUUACCUCCAGCGGGCGACCGCCACCCCACCGGGGUUCCGAGGAUAGGGACCGGAAGGCCGGCCAGAGAAACGGAACACACAGCGUAAGCUGUUGACCUCUGACUUAUGUCAUUACCCCUGCGGCGCUGUCAUCACUCAUGAUCGCGUUGAUCCCCCUCUUGUUUUUGUUUUUUUCAGUAUCAUUUUGGUGCUUAUUUUUGGAUUCUUUUCAGUUUUUCCUCAUCAUAAGGACCAAUAUAUGUAUGAUGUUCCUUUAUCCACUUGCUUUGCCCCCUCUUUUUCGAUUUAAUAUUUCAAUAUUAUUUUGGUGGACUUAUUAUUAUUUUGGGAUUCUUUUGAGUUUUCCCUCAACCCUUCCUCGUCAUAAAUGUGGAUGUAUUUUUGGGUUCUUUUUAUUUUCUUCAUAGAAGGCUUCAUCCUGUGUUUGGUGCUGAUCAUACGUACAUCUGUUUCGUUCAGCUUUCUUUGUGAAUCAUUCACAUUUGUUUGUUUUAUUUUGUUUGUGUUGAUUAGUUUCUGUCGUUUUGGAGGUUAUUUCAGUUAACUUCACUGAUUUUGUUUGUAUUGUAUGGUUGGUUGGUUGGUUUGUUGUCCUUUCAAUUCUCAUUUUGAGCUUUGUGAUUUAUGAACACUUUAUUGUCCAUUUCUUUAGCAGAUCAUGGAAAUAUAACAUUUUGAUUUGAGCCUAUCAGCAUGUCUUUAUUGUGAAUAAAUCAUUUUGUCACCCAUCUCUUCUGAUGUCAGUGCGUGUACUGAUCUUUCUCCUGUCAUGUAUCUUUGUGUACUGACUGAUCUCUCUCUCAUGUACCCCUGUAGGGUCCUGACUACAGGUUGUAUAAGAGUGAACCAGAGCUCACCACUGUAGCCGAGGUGGACGAGACAAACGGAGAGGACAGAUCUGAACAGUCUGACAGAGACCCCUCCAACACCAAAGGUACACAGUAGAAAACACUCCCAAAUGGAAUGAAAGAGGGAGGGACUAAUUGACCUUGUCCAAUUAGAUUUUUUUUUUUUACGGGGUGCCCUAAUGAACAUGACCCUGGAUAGAGGUGCUACUCUAUGUUAGCAGCAUUACUAAACUAAUAGCAGAACUAUCUUCACUAUUCAGAAGCUGUAUGAGCUCAGAUGUGUUACAUAACUUUAAUAUUUCUGUUUUUCCCUCCAGGAAUGUCGUACCCCGUUGGUAUCGUUCCCCCCAGAACCAAAUCUCCCAUGAUAGCGGAGUCUUCCACCAUCGCCUCCUACGUCACACUGAGGAAGGGCAGGAGGCCAGAACCACGCAUGGUGAAUGUGUGUGUGUGUGUGUGUGUGUGUGUGUGUGUGUGUGUGUGUGUGUGUGUGUGUCGCAUGAUCAGUGUAGUUACCCUGAGGAAAGGCAGGAGGCCAGACCCACGCAUGGCAAGUGUGUCUGAGAUGUAUGGACAUAAUCAAUAUAGUUAA